AUGGCCACGGAGACUGUGGAUCUCCGUCGUGUUGUUCAGUCUGAACCGUUGCAUCAUUCCUCUAUUGUUUUCCUACUGUAUAAACAGCCAGGCUGCUGGAAAGCUGUGGAACUCGAAUCUAAGGCCCUGUAUGUAAACAUGCAGUAUUGUUACUGUUUUUCAGUUUACAGUAAACAUAGAGCUGCAAUACGAUGCAGGGGAUAUUCAGUAUUCCUGCCCUCAGAGAAUACGUAGAUAAAAUAUCUAUUGAGUAGAUUCAGAGGUGUUUCCCCAACUAUGAUUUGUCUCCUCUCUACUACCCCAAGUGUAUAUUAGCAUGGCAGCACCUGUGCUGUGGAACUCCCUGCCUCUUGACAUUAAGCAGGUGCCUUUACUGUACUGUUUUAGACAGCUGUUGAAAACCUUUCUGUUCUAGUAAGCCUAUCCAGACACAUUUGUUUCAUUUUUUUAUUCUGCUUUGUUUUUAAUGAUAGCUUUCUUCAUGUUUGUUUUUAUUGGUUUCUUCAUUUUAACCAUCCAUUAUAUAUAACAGAAUCUGCACACUGCUUGGACUUUUUUUUUUAGGAAGCAGUUUAUAUUUUCCCCUAAAUAAUAACAAUAAUAAUCAAAAAUAGUAAAUGAUUAUAAUGUGAAUACAUUGAAUGCCACCCAUAUCCAAAAGUAUAUAUGAAGCACUACCUAUCCAUGCAUUGUUCCCUGUCUCUUAAGAUGAAGCAAUAAUGUCCUGUUAUUAAACCAAAGUAAUAAUGACCUUAUUGCUUUGAAGCGUCAAGGUUAGGUAGGUGGGCUGUUUUCUUUUGUCACCUUCCUGCUUCAGACACUGAUUUGGGGGAACCUCUAGAUAAAAUUUCCUGUGCCACUCCCCACCUGAGAGCACACACCACCUUCUUAUAACCUUUUCCCACUGCCUAUUUGUUUGCCUCCUUCUCUUGAGACCAAUCCACAGCACAUCCCAGAGAGAGGACAAGUUGUAAACCAUGAAUUUGUCACUAUGCCUUCUUUUUGCUCUGUUCACUUACCCAAUCACUUGUUUAGGGGUAGUAGGUAAACAGGCAACAGCAAGAGCCGGAAACUCCAGAUAUUGGCAGUGGGCCCAGGCUAUGGGUAUCAUUAGAUGCCAGAUGAUGCCAGCUCUGUAGUGCCUGCCUUGGUGCUAAUCAUUGUUAUUAGUGCCCUUUGCAGCCUUUGUCUUUGCUUGUUGCUUGAAUUUUGACUUUGCACAGGGCACUGCUGAAAUUUGAGACCCCGAGGUCUGCCAAUGUGGCCAGCCAUUAUGUAAACAUAACAUUACAAUAUUGCAUUAUGUAUGAAAAAUGUUAGAAAUUUUAAAACACACAACGGUUUAAGCAGCAACGUAGGCUAAGCAAUGAGGUUCCCUCCUGAUGUUGUUUAACUACAGUACCCAUCAGCCCAGCCAGUAAGGCUAAUGAUAAGGAUGAUGGGAGUUGUAGUUCAAAAACACUAAGGAUACCCCAUUGACUAGCCUUGCUUUUAAAUACAGUUGGUCCAGCAUAAACAUUUUUUUAAACAGUCCAAUAAAAGCACAUAAAAGGCAUUUGGGAGUGGAGUUUUUAGCCAUUUUAAAUCCUAAGCAGAAGGGUCAACUAUACCUCUAUUGGGAGUUCCACAGAGUAGGGGUGCCACUCCUGAAAAAGCCCUGUCCUAGUGCCUGCCCAUCUAAUCAAUCUUAAAGGCAUAUUACUUGACCAGGGCCUUCGAUGCUGAACUUGGGACAUAAGCAGUUACAGAUAGCCUUGGCCGUAAGCCAUUUAGGGCUUUUAACACUCAAGACCCAUGCUUUGAAAUGGACAUGGGAACACACUAGUUACCAGUUCAACUGAUACAGCAUUGUUGCAAUGUGUUCAGAACGCUUAGCACCUGAUAUAAAUUUUUACAUUAAGUGGCUGGGAAGUAUGAUGACCAAACCCUCCGCAAUCGCCACUUGAUUUUAAACCCUAAGUCUUCACAUUCUCUGUUGUUCAGGAAAGACUCUGUGUUCAGUUGGCUGCCUGCCCAACCUUUUGGUGGGAAAGUCACCUAUGAAACAAAAAUCUGGUUCUGACAGGUUCUGGGUGACACAAACACGCAGGAUCUGUGUGGUGCUGCUACUGAAGCAACCCAACCCACAACAUAAGUCAGUGAGCCCUUGUUGCACAGCAGUCAGUAAGUCCUCUCCAGGUGCAUUUGUCAACCAUUGAUUUGCAGGCAGAGGUCUGAGGUCUUCUGCUGCCACUUGUGAUUCUUCAAAAUGGCAACCCUCCUUUCUUGCAAGAGAUGCACAGAUGAUGGUGAAGAGGAGAUGCUGCUAGCCGAAGAUCGGCCAGAUUUGAUUGAGUCUCUUGAUUCCAGAUGCAACAGCAACAGAAGCUGCUCAGGAGGGGCGAACUUCCUCCAAGAGAAAGAAAGGGAACGCCUAUCUGUCCACGAGAGUCUGGAUUAUUUGCCUUCCCACAGCAGCGUUUACAAGAAGUGGCUGCAGGGACAAAACUACAGGUAAUAAGCAACCUCUUUUUGUACACACUGGAAAUUAGCACUGAAUUAGUAACACCGAGUUGGAACCCCAUUUGAAAUUCACAUGAAAGGGAAAAUAAGCAAUGGGAGUUGUAAGGGAGUUUGGAGUCGGGGAUGCACACCUUACGAUUUAUGCAACUUUCCCUCACUCCAGCAUAAGGGAUCUGCCUACUUCAAUAGGCCUUUGCAGAACAGGCAUGAAGAGGGCAUGCCCACUAUGCUGGGACCCCUGUUUUAAGAAAUCAGCAGGAGUUGGGAUAUUGGAGUUCAGGGAUGAGUGCCAGCACCUGUGCAUCCCCUUACCCCUCUUUUCUUCCCAGGAGGUUGAAAGGGAAGCAAACGGAAAUAACAGGAACCCAGUUUACAGAGGGCUUGGAGGUGUAUUCUGCUGCCACGCCAUCCAGUGUAGUUAGGCAGGUAAUUAGUUAUUAGUUUUAGCGUCAUUUUGUGUUAAAUGGUAAGCUGUAUUGCUUUAAAAUGGGGUGAGGCCUUGUACAAAUGGGGCUACCUCUGUUCAGCCCUGGACUUCUGCUCCAAAGUCCUGUUGCAAUGGCACCACCUAUACCACCAGAGUUACAGUGCAGCAGGAAGGCAGUACACGUGUGCAGCCUGUGAUUUUUUUUCUUUAUUAAAAAGUCCAUGGGUAUAUAGAAAUGAUACCUUUGGGUCUGGGUUUUGCUGUUAUAUACCAGUUAGCAUGGGGUCAGCUGCUUCUGUCUUAGAGUGAGUUAUAUAAUUAAUGCUCAAUUGUAUACAUUAGGAUUUCCUGACAAAACACAUGUUUGUUCUUGCUUUGAUUUAAACUUUAUGAGAGUCAGUGAUAUCGAGCACCAGCAGAGAGUUCCAUAAUAGAAAUGGCUUUGGAAUAAAUAUUUCUCAUUAGCUUCAAGCUUGAUGCAACAAACUUUGUAGUGAUCAGCUUUAGCUUUGGGCAAAGAUAUCCAAACCGAUCAAACUAAAGUUUGUUGGUCUGGUUUCAUGUUGCUUAACUUCUCCCAACUCCUUUAUCGCACUGAUUAAGAAAACAUUUUCUAUAAUUAAGUGUGCUGUUCACUCAAAGUAAAGUAUUUUUAAAAUCUGACCACACGCUUACCUCUCUUGUUCAAAUCAAUGGCAUGCAGAUGUACCAAAAUAUGGGUGGUGGUGGGGAACAUGCCCUAAUUUUCCUCAGCUCGUACAAUAAUUUAUGUAAGAGUCAGAUAAUUUAAACCUGCAUUUUUCUUAGUCCUCAACAUGAUGACCAGCAGAGACAAAAUAAUGGGUCAAAUAUAUUUCAAAUGGACAUGGUGAAAAAUAUCAUUUUGUAGCUUAAGUAUUAAAAGCACAUCAAGAACACCUGGGCUUUCUACCUGUUCCUAGAAAGAUAAUUGAAGUGAGUUGCAGGCCAUGAAAUAGUACUGUCUUCACUUGGCUCACUCCACUUGCACAUGGAGGAUUCUGCCCCCCCCCAAGCUUUCACAGGUUAAACAUAUUUUCCUUUAUUUCCUCUUUGCGCAUAUGACUAUAAAGUAUUAUUACAUCGAGUGAUAAACUUAAACCAAAGUGUUUUGGUGCCACCUAUUGGGAACAGUGAAGAGUGCACUCAGAUGUUUAGGGGAAAAUGCGCUGUUAGGGACCAAUGAGGAACUGCCACAUUCUGAAGAGAUGCAAAACACAGGAAACUCUGCUGGCAGGUUAGAGCAAUUUCCAAAUCCACAGUGGGGCAAGACCUUCAUUUGUACCAAUCUGAAUGCCACAAAAUACAGCAGGGAGGGAAAAGGUACCAGGAACAUCCUAAGCAUGUCUUCUUAGGAGCAGUUUAUAAAAACAUAAAACUUGGUAAUACACAGUAUUGCUGCAAAAGUGCAGGUUACACAUCUAUAAUUAUUAUAAGAAAGAGAGUCCACUGUGACCAUGAAAGGUUGCAGUCUACAUUGGACGGAUUGAUUACAGACUGAGUUUCUUGCUCUUGCUGCAGACUCUUUCUCCAGCGAAUAACUAGGUCUGGGAUUCUUGGAAAUGUUAAAUAGACCCAAUUUCCAGUGGGAAGUGGAUCCUUGGAUCUAUUGUUACAUUCUUGCAUCAGAGCAGUCAUAAGAGACAUCACACCUGCUUAUUUUAGCUGUUAAGGCAGCUGUAGCGGAUAAUCAGAAGAGCUAAAUGCAGCAUAUUUGUUACCAGUAAACGAUAUCUUGAAAGUUUAUGCUUGUAUUUCUCAACUGUUGUGUCUGGAUUAAAUUAUGAAAAUUAAGUCAAUUUGCUCUUGUUGCAAUUUGUUUUGCAGAACUUAAGAUUUAGAUCAGGGACAAUUCAAAGGGCCAAAUUAGAGAUGUAGGCAAUACUUGCCUAGGGAUAUGGACUUGAAGCUUUGGGGAAGAAAGAACAAGGCAAAUGGGUGGAACAAAGAAGUCUCAAUCCUUCACUUCUGAGUCAUUAGUUAAAGAAAAUCAUGACUGAAAGACAUGAACACCGUUCAAUCACAAUUCUUCUGAGAGAUACCCAGAAGAAACUGAGAGCUCUUCAUCUCAAAAACUGAGAUUCCAGAUUAACUGUUUAGCAUUUUAGAUGCAUUACCAAAAGGCUACUUAUUAACAUUCUGAGGUUACUGCAACUGAUACCAAUUCCCUUUUAUUUUUAUUUUUUAGAAUGGACUGGGAUCGAUGGUUGGUGAUGGGCAUCAUUGGAAUAAUAGUAGGAACAGUGGGUUUCCUGAUCCAUCAAAUAAUUGAUUAUCUCAUCAAACUGAAAUGGGAACUGGUGAAGAACUACAUUCAGGUAACAUGGCAGAAAAUAAUAAUCUCUUUGUUCAAAUUACUUUGGGGGAAGUAAUAAAGUCCAAGUAAGAUUUUGUUACCUGAUAUUGGCAUCAUGCCACCUCUGUCCCUGAUGACCUCUCUUUCUACAGACACUGAAUGACAUACUCGGGUAAAGUGUGCAUAACAAUGCACAGAUUUCUGAAAAUAACAUACAAAUAAUCUUCAUUAGGGGAGACUGCUUUGCAAUAAAAAUUAUAUUAGUGAAGAUUGAAUGCAAAUUGUGUAUAUUAAGAGAAAUUUGCACUAAAAUGCUGAUGAAUUAUAUAUAUUAUAAUAUUUAUAUUAUAUGUAUUUAUUAUAUAUAUAUUUGUAGGGUUUUUUAAAAACCCUAUGAAUUGCUGCAAAAAUGUGGAGAACAGAAUUUAAGAUUGGAAACAUAAGGAACCAAGGUACUGUAAUUGAAAUUGACAGAUUCAUACAUCCCCACUUAGGAAGAACAGUUUUUGAUAAAGCUAAGCUAACCUGAACUUGGUCAUAGCAUGGGAGCCCUUUGUAAGCCACAGUGAACUAUGACCCUGGCUACCCACAUGUCUUACUUUUAGGUUUCCCAGAGGCAUCUGGUUGUGGGAAACAGGCUGCUAGAUGCGAUAGACCUUUGGUCUACUCCAAAAUCACCUUUUAUUCUUGCUUGGACAUAACUGUAACAAUUAAAGCAUUGUGAAAGGGAGGCUUGAAGAAUGCUGGAGUCUAGAAUCAUGCUGUAGUGGACUCACCCUGCUAAUUGCCCCCAAUUAAAUAUAGUGGACUGACUGCAAAAUACGCCAAUUAAACAAAUUUCUACAAUUUAUCACAGGCUAUCUUGUGUGAGGGAAAACUUAGUGAUUUAGAGUCUCAAGCAGGAGUUCAUCAAAUAAGAAAAGUUUUAUUUACAAAAAGAGGUUGGUGAAACCAAGUUGGGUCAGGAGAUGCGUUCUUUCAGGUAGAAGUUAACUUAUUAGUUAAACGAAAUAUAAAGAUGUCACAGGCUUAAACACAGAAGUCUAUGCCCAGCUUUUCUUAAACUUCAGUUGCUAAAAAUCAGUUGUUAUGCUUCAGGUAGAUGUUCAGGUUUCUAGAAUUGGUGGUAAAAUGCUUAACUCAGUUUCUGUUCCUUUACUUAGCUAUGACAGGUGUUACAGUUAAAUACUUUUGACACAGCACAGCUUCCUUCACAGAUUAAUAUUUUGGUUCAUGAGUGAGGGGCACUUUUAGUCAGUUACCCACUCUUUGAGCAAUCCCACACCUGAGGCAUUCUAAUUAGUAUACCAGACCCAGGGGAUCACCUCAUCACUUGUUACUGGCUUGGAAGUCUUCUGUACCUAGAAGAACUAUCCCCUCCUGGCUAUACUGAGGCCCAGGUAGUCUGUAUUCCCACAGCUGCUACCUUCCCUGGUUCAGACUCAGUCCUUCACUUAACUCCAGUUAACUGUAUUCUGUCCCAAGACACUUAACACGGUCUUACUUUCUAAGCUACAACGGCGCUUAGAUAUUAGCUAUAGAUAUUUUCCUCAGAACAGAUGUUAAACGCAAAUUUGAACCAACUCUCUCAGACAAACCCUAUCCUAAUCACUGUCUCCCAUCUCAAAUUAAGCCCUAUCUAAAACAAAAAACAAAAAACCACCAACUCCCUCAGAAACUGCUCCUUUUAUUCUCCCUCCAGAGAGGCUCCAGCACUCUGGUAGGAUUCUGAGGGACUGCAUCACCAGUCUCUGGUCUGGCUCUGCUGCCUGUCACACAUGCCACAUCUACAUCAUACAUAGUAAACUCUUAUAUCACUUUAUAUCAAUUUGUGCUUCUCACAAAGGAUCCCAGGAACUGUAAUUUAAGGAUGCUAUAGGUUGUUAGGUGACCCCCUCAAUGAGCUACAAUUCCCAGCACCCUUGCAAAACUACAGUUCCCGGAGUUCUUAGGUGGCAGCCAUUAUUGUUAUGGUGUGGAUAUGAUAAGUAAUAACAUGUUAAAGAAUGAAGUCACAAAGUAUAUUUACAUUUUUAUUUGUUGUAAAAAUGGGAAUAACAACUACCAUGAGUGCACCACACAGGGGUGCAUUAUAUAUUAACUAUAGUCCCAUGGUUGUAGCAAAGACCCCAAGUCAGUUUUUAAACACUACACUACACCACACCAGUUUUGUGUUCUCCAAGAGAGACUCCAAGAGAACUGCUACUUUCUUAGAUAGGCAACUGAAAUAACAGAAAUUGUCAGUGGAUUUAAUAAUGUUCCCUCGGUGUUUAUAGCUGAUGUGACAGGCCCAAUACUCGGCCUGUGGUACACACACAGCUUAGUUUCUAUUUUCUUUAGAUUGAGGCCCAUAAUAAAUUGGUAUGCUGACUGCUUGAGCAGUCUGUACAGAAUGUGCAUCUUGUUGAGUCUGUUGACAAUAAGAACGCAGUUGUCAACAGAGAGGACAUCAAGGUUCAGUCAGUCCAUCUGGUCUUAUUUUAAUGUGGCAGAAGUUAACAGCAUCACCAUCAAGGUAAAAACAAAUGGAGACUAACCAUUAUACUUAAGGCUGCAUCUAGCACAGCAUGGAAGGAUCUAAGAAGGAAUAACCAUAGAGGGCAUCUCCUUAUAGUACCAGUUGCAACAUCUUCUUCCAUGGGUGUAGCCAAGAUUUUUGCUGGGGGGGGGAAGGCUUUUGUUGGGGGGGCAGAACCUCAGAUUUGUAUUGAUUUAGGGGGGCAGCUGCUCCCCUUGCCCCCCCAACUACACCCGUGCCUUCAUCUCUUUGUUACACAUGCUCUUGUUGACAUCCGUCUGCCUUGAGAGACAAUGGAGGAGUGUGACUUUGAGGUUGAUGUCAAGCUGUUGGAAGGUUGCAGCCCCUGCUGUAGCUGUAGAGACUGAUGUAGGAGAGACAUGUUUUGUUGCAGCUGGGGCAUAAUAGCCAGUUGUCAACUGUCUUUGAUACACUCAGUUGUCUUGUCUGAGAUUUCAGGCUCAGAGCAACCGAAGAAUAGAAGGUAGGCAACAAAAUUGGGAAGAGACCUUUGACAAAAACUUGACAUUACAAGUCACAUGUAAGCAAACUUCAGGUAAUCAGAGGAGAAGAUUCCAAUAUAAAUUAUGUCUAUCCCUUUAGUUUGCAAAGAGGUUGACCCAAAUUGCAUGUAUCUGGUCUUCCUGGAUGACUGCAGAGUAAGCACAUGUUUGCAAUUUACCGUCAAACAUCUGACCUGAGGCCAAGACAGGAAAUCUGUGGUAGCUUGCUGAGCCAUUUAAAUUUGGGAAACAAAAACAGCAUCUUUGACUUACAGGCACAAGAGAAUCCAAUCUCAACAAAAUGACUUUUUUUCUUGCAAAUUUGUGGGAGUCAAUUUACUUGCAAAGGGCAGUGGAGACAACAUGAUUCUGGCUAACCCAAACACAAACAGUUCAAAAUGGAAUGGGAUGACAGUCAGACAAAAUUGGUGGAAUGGAAGGCAUAUUUUAUAACUUUCUAUAAUAAUUCUAUAAGGUAUUCACUAAGAAAACUGUAUAGCCUUUGUUAAUUGGAUAUUGGGAUAUAUGGGUAGUUAUGGUAUUAUUCAGGAAGAGCAUUUUGAUGAGCAUUUGCCUUGAGAAAGAUGAGGGUGCAAAAUUUUAAAAUAAUUAAUAGUCCAAAUUACAUUUUAAGCAAUAUUAAAAUAAAGUUUGUUCUAAAUAGGAAUCCACACAAAAUCCUAUAGAUGCCCAAUAGUAAAUUCCAUUGAUUUGAAUCAGAAUUUUUCCUAGGCAUUGUAACCUCAGCUAGGCAUGCAGUAAAAGGGAUUUCUUGAAAAUAAAGUAAGUUGUAUUUACCGGUAUGUCAAGUGACACUAAAAGUGCCUUUUUUGUCUUUAAUCCUUUAAAAUAAAUGUGAAUAUAGUUAAUUAAUAUGCAAUAUAUGUUACGGUUGCCAUAUUUCAAGAAGUAAAGAUCUGGACACCCUCAAAGUUGUUGAGGAAUAAUGAAGAUCCAGGACAAACUGCUGCCUGGAUAUUCCCCCCGGACGUCACUUCCGCCUUUGAAAUCCCAGUAAUGUCCGGGAAAUCCUGGACGUAUGGCAGCCCUAAUAUAUGUGACAUGGGAUCUUGCUAUUUUCAGCUCAGACAAUGCUCCCUGUUUAAUGGCUAUUUCAUUCAAGUGAUCAAUUUCAAAUAUUGUAAAACAGAGAGCAUAAAUCCACAUGAUGACUUCCUUCUAUGAACAUGUGUUCUUUAAAGACACGUAUUCAGCUAAGUGUACUCAGAGCAGACCCAUUGAAAUUAAUGGAUCUAGCUUAGUCAUGCUCAUUCUUUUCAAUAGGUCUGCUCUACAUAAAACUUAGUUGUAAAAAAACAUUUUUACCAAGAGCUGUAAUGGCUGGUGAGGUGGUUUGGUAGCUGAAACUGCUGGCAUCUGCUAUAUGACAAUUGUAUGUGUGUGUUGGAGGGGGGUCCUGUCCAUAUAUUUUAGCAAUGGGAGAAGUUGAUGGGGGCAGAUGGUGCUGUACUCAUCACUGUGCACAGGAUGCUGGACAAGAUGGGCAAUUGGUCUGAUCUUUAAGGCUCUUACGUUCUUCUAAUAUGUGGAUUGACAAUGUAUUUGUUUGGCAAAUGAAUAUCCUACCAUAUUAAGCAGUUUUUCUACCAAUAACUAUUUAUUUUGUAAAACUGGCAGAAAGGCAACUUUCAUAUGACCUGGUUAUAUAUACUUGGAAUUGGACUGGCUAUGAUCAUUGUAUCCUCAGGACUGGUUGUGGUAAGUACUGAACACCUGCUUCUUGCUCAGUUUUUAAAAUAUCAGGAUAUGAUAUGUUUGCCUGGCUGGAAUGUGUUCCGUGAUAAUGCUUGUUGCUUGCCUAUGUGGAAGAUAGAAAAGGUGUGUGUAUUUGUGUUUUGUGUGUGUAGAAACUAGCCUACUGUAGAAGGUAAAAUUCAUAUUAACUUUUCUGUCCAAUUUUGCCCCUGGUCCCACCUACCCCUAGCAUGUGGCCCCUGGAAGGUUGCCUCAGGCUGAAAAAGUUCUUACACUCCUGAUUUAGGCAUGUUUACCUGAUAAUCCAGGACACGGGUGGCGUUGUGGGUUAAACCACAGAGCCUAGGGCUUGCCAAUCAGAAGGUCGGUGGUUCGAAUGCCCGUGACUGGGUGAGCUCCUGUUGCUUGGUCCCAGCUCCUGCCCACCUAGCAGUUCGAAAGCAUGUCAAAGUGCAAGUAGAUAAAUAGGUACCGCUCCAGCGGGAAGGUAAACGGCAUUUCCGUUCGCUGCUCUGAUUCGUCAGAAGUGGCUUAGUCAUGCUGGCCACAUGACCUGGAAGCUGUACGCUAGCUCCCUCGGCCAAUAAAGUCAGAUGAGCGCCGCAACCCCAGAGUUGUCUGCUACUGGACCUAAUGGUCAAGGGUCCCUUUAUGUUUUUACCUGAUAAUCCUGUUGACUGACGAAUCAUGACUUGAUAUUGGAUAACAUUUGAUUCGAGCUGUGCUAUGUGAGCUUAUGUGGCUGCUACAAUAAUAUUGCCUUUUCCUUUUCCCAGUUCUUUUGUCCAACAGGCGCACCAAGUGGAUUACCGGAAGUCAUAGGUUUUCUGAACGGAGCUUCUAUUCAGCACAUUUUUAAUAUCAGAACUUUUGUGGGAACUUUUGUUUCUUGUGUUCUGGCUGUGGCAUCUGGGCUCUUCUGUGGACCAGAAGGUCCCAUGAUUCACUUGGGGUGAGAAAUCAAUAUUUUAAAAGUUACAGAUUUUAAAGAAAAUAGGGAUAGGAAGAAUGGAAUGGAGAAUAUUGGGAAAAGGCAUUAGAUGACUGGCACCCUGAAUAAGCACACUUCCUACUGCAAUAUUUUGUUGCAUGCCCACUCAUAUAUAUAUAAAACACAUAGAUAAAAUCUUAUGAGUAUAAUCCAUAAUAUAAAGAAUGAAUUUAAUUUGUCAUUGCUAUUAUAUUAAAAAUAUUGGUCACUUUUUCUCACCGAGCAACUCAAAGCAGCUUGCAACCAACUAGUUUUGCAUGCCUUCUGCCAUCUGGUUAUUUGAUUUUUUAAAUUUGAAACUUUGUAAAUCAGAAAAUUAAAUAUACCAUUAAUUUUUCACAAUACUUUCCCCAGUGCAAUAAUAGGAUAUGGAUUGAGCCAGUCCAAGCCAAAGAUCCUUGGAAUGAAUCUCCCCUCCUUCACCAGAUUUUGGAACUCAGCUGACAAGUAAGAGACCUUAUCAAAUAAGUAUGCAAUAGUUAACUAAAAAGGGUUACUGGCUGCCUUAAUUUAGGUAACAUGUAAAAUAACAAUAGAAACACGUAACUGUAAUGGUGUCUUCAGUGGAAACAUAGAGUUGCGUAUCCGGUGCUAUCAAACAGUUCAAUGGGACUUUACAUUCUUCUCUGCCAUUUGGCAAUCUCCACAGAUUUGGGGAGAGCCUGAGGGCUGCAGGAGGAAAGAAUAGAAGUAGAAGUUUGCUUGUGCAAUGUUGGACUCAGCUCAUAAGGGCUAUACUGCUGAAGAAUUGUAUGGACGCUUUCUUUAGGAGAAACAAGGGUCCGUUUUGGAUGCAAAAAUCCAGACAGCUUUCCUCCUAAAUCAUGCCUCCACAGCAGCAAAUACAGCAUUUCAAACAGCAGUUCACAGUGCAAUGUAUAUGUGUUUACCUGGAAGUAAGACAAAAGGUGGUCAUCGCGGCUUAAUGCUGUGUGGUGUGAGUGUGGAGCAGAAUCCACAUCCACAUGUGUUUGUCUUGACUGGUGAAGCUUGAUUAGUGAAACCUGGUUAUGUUGCACUUUUGAGCACCAUCAUUAUGAAGCAUACAGCUGCCAAAUAGAAUAUGGUAAAGCUGCUACGUUGAAUGCAUAGAAUAAAUGAGGUUUAAGGCUUCUCAUCUGAUUUUUAAUUGCCUUCUCACGUAUGUUUCAAUAGUGGCUUACUCAUUUACAGAGCAUGAACAAAACAGAACUUUCAGGUCAAAAUGGUCAGGGGAUUUUUAAAUGGAUGUUGCUCACAUGAAAUGACUUCAUGCAAUGUGACAUGGAGAAUGCUACUUCUGUAUAAAAUAACAUAUUUUCAAGAUACUUGGAUGCGAUAAAUCACCAGAUCUUGCAGUAUGGACAUGAAUCACAAACACUUUAUCUUCUAUUUGUGAAAUGCUGGCAUUUGCAAAUGCAUGGGGUGCCCUGUAAGAUCUUACUUUAAACAGGAUCUAUUAUACCAGUGUUAUUGUUCAUGUCAAGCCUGCAUUUGGAAAGCUUUGAAUGAUCAAGUUCCAUAGCCUUAAAACAGUGGAUUAUAAAAAUAUGUAAAUAAAACAUGUGCCUUUGACCGUACUGUUUGUUGUAUCUCCAAACAAAAAGCCAUUACAAACUAUCUGUGGCUCAAGGAUAACCAGACAGCCCAAAUAAACAUGAUACAUUUUGCUUUUUAACUUGCCUCAACAAUUAGUGAAAUAACUUAGAGAUGUGUUUGUUAAGCUGUUACUUAUGGAAGAAAUUUGCCCCGUGACCAAUGGCACAUAUUUCUGAAGUAUUUUUGCAUGUUCAUUAAAAUCCCCAUGGCAGUUUGAAUCCACCUGAUACGGGUCACAACCAAAUACAUUGGCCCUUGAGGUCUAUCUAGUAAUAGAGGACUUGGGUUAAUUCAGUUUGACAAGAGUUGGCUAGAUUGCUGUUGCAUAGCUUGCUAUGGGCAUUUCCAGAUGACCUGUUCAUCCUGAUUUGUUUGCAGGGAGAUAGGACAAUGUUGGCUGCUCAGAGAGCAUUCACCAGUAGUGGCUGGUGAGGCAGUAGGUGUAGGGUACCCAACACAGCAGGACGCGGGUGGCGCUGUGGGUAAAACCUCAGUGCCUAGGACUUGCUGAUCGCAAGGUCGGCGGUUUGAAUCCCCGCGGCGGGGUGAGCUCCCGUCAUUCGGUCCCAGCUCCUGCCCACCUAGCAGUUCGAAAGCACCCCUAAGUGCAAGUAGAUAAAUAGGUACCGCUUUAUAGCGGGAAGGUAAACGGCGUUUCCGUGUGCGGCGCUGGUGCUGGCUCGCCAGAUGCCGCUUUGUCACACUGGCCACGUGACCCGGAAGUGUCUCCGGACAGCGCUGGCUCCUGGCCUCUUGAGCGAGAUGAGCGCGCAACCCUAGAGUUGGACACGACUGGCCCGUACGGGCAGGGGUACCUUUACCUUUACCUUACCCAACACAGCAGGUUUCUGAGAAGCAGAGGGGCAGCUAUGAGGAGCUUGGCAUAGUGCAGCGCAUGGUGGCAGAGCCAAUCCAACACUCCUGCCUGUAUGCACCACACUGAGCUCCCUGAAUUGGGGCCCUUCCUGUCUCUAUACACAGCAGCAACCCGGUGGGUUGGGAAGCCAGGAGAGCAACACAGCCCCCCUCACCCCCACUAGUGCCUUACCAGCUGCUACUGGUAUUCAGUCUUGCAGGAAGGUUAGUUGACUAUGCAAGUGUUAGCCUACACUUUCUGGUACCUUUCCCAGUCACUUUCCUCAUUGCAAAAAGUCUGAACUUUUGGAGAAGUGGAUUUGUUUCACAAGCCCUCCUAAUCAAAAACAGUUGUGACAUUUGAAUUUUUGUUGCGGAAUUGAAUCCCACCUGAAAAUAGCAAGUCUGGAAGUGCCAUAUGCACCAUUCAAAAGCAGGUAUCAUUUUGACUUUAUUUUGCUCUGAGAAAAUAUAUAAAGUUGGCACUUAUUUCAAGCUCAUGACAAAGUAAUUAAUUAUGCAUGCUGUUUUGUGAACUAAAGAUGAAGAAACAAAAUAAAAAAAUCCUUCCAGUAGCACCUUAGAGACCAACCAAGUUUGUUAUUGGUAUGAACUGAAUCUGAAGAAGUGUGCAUGCACACAAAAGCUCAUACCAAUAACAAACUUACCGUAGUUGGUCUCUAAGGUGCUACUGGAAGGAUUUUUAAAAUUUUGUUUCGACUAUAGCAGGCCAACACAGCUACUAAAGAUGAAGAGUAUAUCUUACUUAAAAAAGUAAUGGGAUUAUCCUGAAACUCUGUUCUCUCCUCUCCCCCCACCCCACACUCCUCUUUGUUACAGGAGGAAUUUUGUUACGGCUGGUGCUGGAGCAGGGAUUGCCUCUGUGUUCCAUGCUCCAGUGGGUGGACUUCUAUUCACACUGGAGGAGGUGGCCUCUUUCUGGGAUAUCAAGCUAGCCUGGCAAACGUUCUUCUGCUGCAUGACGGCUGCCUUCACCACAGAUCUCAUCUCCUCUUCUCUCUGUGGGUUUGUCUACAGGGGCCAAUUUGGAUUUUUCAAAGCAGAGAUGAGGAUUUUAUUUUGGGUAUGUACUACAUCCACACUAAAUUAAGCCAAGGCCAUGUGUGUAUUUCGCUGUGCCUGUUUAUUUAAAAUAUUCAUAUUCCACUUCACCUUAUGUUCAAGGUUGCUUAUCCUAUGAGGAAAAGCUGCCACAUUGGGGGCUUUUUAAAGUUUAAAGAAAAGGUGAAUAAGAGGUGGCCUGAUAGACGUGUAUAAAUUUAUGAGUGACCUGGACAAAGUGGAUGGAAGAAAACCUUCCCGUCCCUUCUCAUAACACUAGAACUCAUUGUCAUCCAAUGAAAUUGAAUGUCGGAGGAUUCAGGCAAGCAAAAGAAAGUACUUCUCCAUGCAGCACAUAGUUCAGGGGUAGGCAACCUAAGGCCCGUGGGCCAGAUGCGGCCCAAUCGCCUUCUCAAUCCAGCCUGCGGACGGUUCGGGAAUCAGUGUGUUUUUACAUGAGUAGAAUGUGUGCUUUUAUUUAAAAUGCAUCUCUAGGUUAUUUGUGGGGCAUAGGAAUUUGUUCAUUUUUUUAUUCAAAAUAUAGUCCGGCCCACCACAUGGUCUGAGAGUUGGUGGCUGAAAAAGAUUGCUGACCCCUGAUAUAGUUAAACAGAAGAAUUUGCUCCCAUAGGAGGCAGCAGCAACCCCCAACUUACGGUAGAUGGCUCUGAAAGUAGAUUAGACAAAUUCGUGGAGGAUAAGGCUAUCAAUAGCAACUAGCCAUGAUGGCUGUGCUCUGGCUCUACAGUCAGAGGCAGGAAGAAGAAGAAGAAGGGGAGUCUGGAUUUGAUAUCCUGCCUUAUCACUACCCGAAGGAGUCUCAAAGCGGCUAACAUUCUCCUUUCCCUUCCUCCCCCACCACAAACACUCUGUGAGGUGAGUGAGGCUGAGAGACUUCAAAGAAGUGUGACUAGCCCAAGGUCACCCAGCAGUUGCAUGUGGAGGAUCGGAGACACGAACCCGGCUCCCCAGAUUACGAGUCUACUGCUCUUAACCACUACACCACACUGGCUCUCAGUGCUUUUAAAUACCAGUUGCUGGUAACCACAGGAGGGGAGAGGGCUCUUGUGCGCAGGUCCUGCUUGCAGACUUCCCAUUGGCAUCUGGUUGGCCACUGUGAGAACAGGAUGCUGGACUAGAUGGGCCAUUGGCCUGAUCCAGCAGGUUCUGCUUAUAUUUUUUUAGAAUCAUAAUUAAAAUUCCAUAAAACAGAAUUACAAAUAAGUUGAACAUCUAAAACAGCAGUAAUAAACACCCAGCUCAACUGAUUUCAGCUUCCAAACACCAUCCUGAAUAAAAAAACCUUGCAGACUCUUAACAUUUUUUAAAAAUUAAAUUUAUAUACAACACUUCAUCUGAAGAUCAUAGGGUAGUUUACAACAUAAAAACAUUCUUCUGAAAAUGAUCACAAGUGUGCUUUGGUUAACUUUCUCUGGAAGGCCAUUCCACAACCCUGAACAAUCAUCCCCCAAAAAGCUCAAAUCUUUGCUGAGGUUGACUUGACCUCAAACAAUGAUGGAACACUGAACAGGGCACCAGAUCAGGUGGGAAUAAAUCAUUCUGUUAGGUGUGCAUGUCUAAGACCAUAAAGAGCUUUAAAGAUUAAGAACAGUGAGUGGUAUCCAAUGCAAAUUGUACUCAGAGCAGACCCAUUCAAAUGAAUGAACAUGACUAACGUAGGGCCAUUAAUUUCAAUGGGUCUACCUUGAGUAAAACUAUUGGGCUAUAACUCAGUGUCUUGAAUUGUUAGCAGAUGGCUCCUGCCUCCCCAUUAUCACCAGGACAAUAUCAGAAGAUUAUGGGUAACAUUCAUCCUGGUUUUAGUGAAUACUCUGGGCAGGAGCAGAUGCAUCUUAGGAAUCCUGCAGAGCAGGAAACAGCUUUGAGGCAAUUCAGGGGGUGAGAAUCAUGUGUGGGGAACCCAGGCUGCUUCUCCCUUCUAUAUUUCCCCACUUUGAAACUGAUUUCUUUAAAAUAAGGAAGUUCCUACAAUGUGCCUUUGACCCUCUUUUAACUUGCUUGCUCCAUAUGUGGAUCUUAAUAUGGGAAACACCACAGUUUCGACUGAUUUAAGGCAUAUGCCACUUCAUACUUCUCAUGUGAAUAUGCCAUAAAACACAGGAGACUGUUUUAUAAACUGGAGAGUAAUCCAAACAAAGAUUGAGGCGAAACAUAGUUGGGGACAAGUAAUACCUUCAUAAUAUCGGUGUUCUUGGCAAGAUUGGAGACUUACGGAGAGAACUGAGUGAGAGAAACCUUUUGCAGAACAAUCUUGUUUUAUAGCAGUGCUUUGAACAAUCCUAAAAACUGACUAGAAGCACCAAUAUAGUUUUCCAUUUCAUGUUUGAAUUCUUUAUCUCAUAUGAUUUCUUGCAGGCUCUUCUUUAGUAUUCCUUUGUGGACUCAUCUUCUUUCUCAUCUGAUCCUCAACCAGAUGUAUGAUAAGGGAAUUUAGCAAAUAUAAUUGAAUGUGGAUGUAAUGGAAAAGUGGGUAGGAGGGAGAGAAAACUCUUAAGAAAUAGGCUCAUGGAAACACACUUAUCUGUCCAAGAAUGUCCUCCUGAGCAAUUUAGGGACUAGCUACUCAUUUUUUUUAUUUUUUGCAAAACAUAUUACAAUGACGUCAUCAUUAUGUGUCCAGAGCACUGCCUAGUCCUAUGUUGUUAGAUAAGUUUCAAUUCUUAAGCCCCAAGAAUGUGGACAAGGUGCUUGAAUUGGUCAGGGUGACCACUUGUGCUCUGGACCCUUGCCCCUCUUGGCUGAUAAAAACUAGCUGGGCCAGGGAGGUGAUUUAUGCCUCCUUGUGAGAGUGAAUGGUCCCUGCCUGCUUGAAGGAGGCAGUAGUAAAAUCAUUCCUUAAGAAAUCCUCACUGGAUUGGGAAAAUCAAAGUUAUUACCGACCAGUUGCCAAUCUUCCCUCCUUGGCGAAGGUUCUUGAGCAGGUGGUCGCAGACCAGAUCCAGGCACUCUUGGAGGAAACUGAUUUUCUAGUUACAUUUCAAUUGAGGUUUAGGCUUAGUUUUGGAGCAGAAACUGUUUCAGUUGUAAACUGUCCUAUGGGCGUAGUCAAGGAGGGGCAGGGAGGGGCAGCUGCCCCCACCCCAGAUCAAGUGAAACAAUAGGAAUACUUAACUAACUGACCAAUCACGUCAGUUCUGUCCCUUAACAAAAGUCCUGUCCCCCCCAACAAAGUCUUGCCCCCCCUAACAAAAAUCCUGGCUACACCCAUGAACUGACCUGUGACCCUCAUAUGAAGGGCUGUAUAGAAAUUAAAUAAACAAAUAAAUAAAUAAAUAAAUAAAACAAGUUAGUUUUAGUAACUUGCAUACAUAUUUUGGCACAUCUAUGGCAUGGUUUCCAUACUUGAGCAAACAAAGUUUCUGCAGGCAUAACAAAUAACAAAAGUAUGUUCAAAAUGAGUACCUUUUAAUGUUACAUUCUAGGCCCAAGGACAGGCAGGGGGUAAGCAAUUGACCAAUAAACUGUGGUCCUUGGCAUCUUCAGUUUUCCCAUAUAUGUAGGAUAAUGAUACUUGACACAUUGUUUUGCCCACUGAAGUAACUUUUAAGUGCUGUUAACCUGAGAAGAUAAUUCUCUUCUGGCUAGACAGGAUAAAACUGGCACAAACUCCUGUCUUCUGGAUUUGUGCUAAGCCACCUUACUGUAACAAAGGGGCACAGACCUUGGCAGAUAUAAUGAAAAGAGAGUUGAAACUUUGGAUUGUAUUACAACACCUGCCGUAGGAAAGUUAGCCUAAUAAUGCUACAUUUGUGAACAAUUCAUUUUUAUCAGAUAGCGUUUACAAAGAACUGCUGUUCCUUCGUGGAUAGUUUGAUAAAAGAAUGUAGGCCAGCAUACCUUUGGUACUUUAUAAUAUCUAUUAACUUAAUAUUGAUAGCAAAAGAGAUUACUCAUGGAUUUGCCAGACAUAAACACAAGCAGUUCUACUGCGUCCGAUCAGACCAACAGCUUAGCUCAGACUUAACUACAUGCUUGGGAGACAUUUCCAAAAGAAGCUAUUAUGUCACCCUCCACCAGGGCCCUGGUUACCAGAGCUAUUAGCCACUGUUACAGAAGAAGAAAAGAUGUGGCAGGUUUUUGUUUAAUUCCACUCAAACUCAGACCUUGGGAUUUUGGGUGAUUUCAGAAGGGUCAAGAAUAAAAGGCAAAAAUGAACGGAAGAUGUCCAAAGGUGCUGUAGAAGUCAAGACUCACUUUAUUUUUAGAAAGUUGUUUGACACAUUUCAAGCUGUGCAGCUUUUUCUUUCCAAGGGUAUUUCCCUUGUGCAACUCUUUGCAGAGAAAGCAACGUUCUUUUUGCACUUGCCUUGUUUAGGUGAAGAGACAGGUGGUAAAUGGUGGGGGAGAGAACUUGCUCUCUCUGGAAAGGGUCUUGCAAGAAAACACAUUUUCAAGGGUAUUUAAAGCCCUAGUUAGCUCAUUUUGGGGCUGUGUACACAUUACCAGUUUAAAACUUAACUAGGCCUGCCCCUCCUCAGUUUGGAUUAAAACUGGUUUGGGUGAAAACACGUCAAAAUGCAGCAUUUUAUAGGAAACAACAGAAUAGAUACAGGAUUGUCGCUUACAUUGUGCAUAUACCACUUGUGCAUCUAUGAUCAGAAACAGGUACUUGUUGGUAGUGGCACCUGGUUGGGUUUAUGGAACAUCUUCCUUUGAGGAAGUUUUUACUCAACAUGAAGAAAAGCCACUUUGCCACAAUUGCCAUACAGAACAAUACAGUGGAUUAUAAUGACUUCCGCCUUGAGUUACAGUUUAUAGUCCUUUAUAAGUUUAUUUAGGAUAUUUCACAAAAGAGCAAUUGAUUUUGACUCCCACUCUCCUGGAGGAACUGUUGCCAGUGUGGUUUCUACCACAGCUUCACUGGUUUUUUUUUGCUUGCCAGCUAGGCUACUUAAUCAAAUGCUUUCAUUUCAUUUAGUGUGGGGCUCCAGGGAAAUCUGGCUGCUUUCAUGUUUUAUAGCCAAACUCUGAGCAGAGAGCUUGUGGGUUAUGUCAAGAAAAAAACCAACAUUUAUUUUCUUCAGUUUAUGCUGAAUGUAAUGUAAAGAAGUCUUAAGACCCUUGAUUUUCCAAGGGUAGGAUUUUAUGGAAGUCUGAAUUUAUUAUUUAUAAUUUCUGCAGUACUAUGCACACUUAACCUGGGAAUAAGCGUGCAUAGGACCAAGCAGCACAACUUGCUACUACUCAGAACAAAGUGUAGUUCAUCUUGGUUGGAUUUAAGUUUUAAAGAGCAGGAAAAAUGUGAAAUGUACUCAAGUAGGAACUAUGAACCAAGAUAAAUCUUAUGAACUCAUGCUGCAAAUGUAAUGCACACUGUGUUAGAAGAAACAUGUUAGAAGACAAAAAUAAAUUAUAUAUAAUGCAUAUUUCACUUGUAAUAGCUUAUGGUUCAGCUUCAGUUAUAUCAUGCAGGUUCUUUUUUUCUUUUGGAGAAAGCUAUAUGUAGCAGAAUCAAGGGGCGACUCUUUGCUGGAGGUAUGCCAGCCAAGUAGCUAUAGGGCAGUGCGGGGGAACAAAAUUAAAAUGUUCAUUACCGCUCCACCCACUUUCUACCUCUGGCCCCACACAGCGUUGACAUAUGAACCACAUAAGUUUGCCCAAAAGGAAUGCAGCCCACAGGCUGAAAGAGGUUCCACACCCCUGCUAUAGGAUAUGGUGGAAGCUCCCUAUAUCUGGUGCAACACCCAAUAUGCCACUGCUGUUGCUUAUUCACUGGUACAACUCUCCAGAUAUGCUGGCUGAGCACUCCAUCAGUACAUCUGUUCCUGGAGCCACUGGAAGCCAUAUGAAAUUGUUUCUGGCAUAUGGCGGCCCCCAAACCCAAUCCUGAGCAGGCAAAUACAAGUUAUAAGCAAUUGAGCAAGUGCUUCUGUUUUAGGGAAAUAGGAUUGUAUGGGAUUACUUGCAUCCUUUAAAAAAUCAUUUCUGUUGGUAUGCAUGUGUUUGAUGGAGAGCAGUGCAAAUGUGUAGUAAGGCUCUGCUGGUUUUACAGACCUGUAGAAGAUGUACAUCUGCUGUUAGGACGUUCAGAAGGUCAACAAUGUAGUCUUCUGUACUAAAGUACCCAGCAGUCUCUGUAAGGCUGCAGUCCCCAACAUGGUACAUAGGAACACCAUGUUGCCCUUGGCACCCACCAAGUCUCCCUUUCUUCCAUUUUUUAAAUGUUCCCCCUUUUUGGAGACUUGGUAGUUUUAGCUGUUCCUGUACUUAUUUGGGGUUUGUGUUUUGCCUGUUUUAGGGGAGGUGGCUUCUGAGUAUUGUCAUUCUAUGAAAUGGGUAUUUUGUGGUGCCCACAACAGUUUCUGAGAUUUAAAAAUAUGCCCCUCGGGAUCCCCUGCUUCUUAGGGACAUAUAGGAAGUAAAAGGAAUCAGGAAGCAAUGAGCUUGCCAUGGAAUUAAAGAAGAGUUCUAGAUUGUGAUACAGUAGCAAAAAAUGCUAAUGCUUUUCUAGGCUGUAUGAACAGAAGUAUAGUGUCCAGAUCAAGGGAAGUAAUAGUACCGCUCUAUUAUGCCUUGGCCAGACCAUACCUGGAAUCCUGUCCAAUUUUGGGCACCACAAUUUAAGAGGGAUGUUGACAAACAGGAAUGUGUGCAGAGGUGGGCAACCAAGUUGAUCAAGGGUCUGGAAACCAAGCUUUAUGAGGAACUGUUAAAAGAGCUGGGUAUGUUUAGCCUAGAAAAGAGGAAGCUGAGAAGAUAUAUAUAUAUAUAUUUAAAUAAUAUUUAUUGAAAGUUUUUUAGAAUUACAGAAAAAAACACAGCAGAAAAAGAAAAAAGAGAAAACAAAAAGAAAACAAACCACAUCAAACAAUGUAGAUUCAAAAAACAAAAAUACACCACAAACAGAUAAAAACAAAUCCAUCAUUCUCUAAUCCUCAACUUUCAUUAUCUUCUUUCUUUGACCUCCUCCUCCUCCCUUUUUUUGUAUCCUAGUUAUUAAAUAUCGCAGCAAAUCCUUUCCAUAUUUCAUAAUAUUCUGUCAUUACAUUCCCUUAAUCUAUUUUCAUCUUAUCUUAUAGAAAACCUUAAAACUUAAAUCUUAUUUUUACCAACUUCUCAUAACCAUAAUAUUCUUACCUAAUUCUUUAGACAUUUUUGCUAGAGCCAAGUAAUUUCGUUCCAACAUUUUUCUAACAUUCAUCAAUUUUAUAAAACAAUCCUAGUAAUAAAAGAAAUAAAAACAAUCCAAUCUUCAUCCAGCGUCCCUUCCUCCUGGUCCCGGGUUUUGUCAGUCCUCUUUAUCUCAUUGAUCUAGCACAUUAACCUGGUAACCUUAUAUCCGAGGCCCUUAAGUCUCUUCCAUGUCCCUUCCGCAGCUCUUCUUCAUAUUGUCCUUUCACUCGUGGGAACUCCAGCUUGGUAAUGUUUUUGACCCUUUUCAACAAAUCAGCCCCUUUUCCAAAGUCCAGACUAAACUCCAUGUGGUAUUUAAAAACAUGUUUCAGAAUCCCUCCAAGAUUAAGAGCCCCCACAGCCCCAAACCUCUCACAGCCCAUUGCUAGACUUGGAAAGUCCAAACAUGCCUGCAUAGGGGGGUCUAUCCAACCCCCCAUUUCCAAACCAGUCCAAACCUUAUCUUUCCAAAUCUGGCUUUUUCCAAGUUCAUUUGUCAAAUCCAAAGGCUCAUGUUCCUGCAGGGCCACAGCUCCCUCCAUCUCUGGCGCCCAAGAUUCAGCAACAUCCUCUUCUCUCAUCUGUUCUGCCAGGGCACACUCCUGAUUUAAUUCCUGGGUGGGCUCCAUAUAGUUUCCCAGUGCCUGUUCAAAAAUUCUGACCGCAUUAGUCAUCAAAUCCGUAUUCUCAUUUAACUGUUCCAGUAGGGCAUUUGUUUUACAGAGAGCACACAACAGAGCUUCUGAAUACAUUGUCCUGCAAGGUCACAAGUCUAUUCCCACGACUGUAAUCUGUAACAGCUGCAAGCUCCCUGGAAUUAGUUACAGUUUUACAGGCUCCCUCUAGGGGGGAAACUUCUAUUUGUUCUUUCUUUUAAAGACGAAUCUAGCAACAAAGUUUCCUUUUUGAGAUAUUUUGUCAAUAUUUGUUCCUUUAAAAUGCGAAAGGGAACAGUGGAAUCUCUAUGUUUCUCUUCUUUUAGCUAUCUGUCAAAAGCGUUUGUCUCUGGUCAAUGAGCUUCAAACGUCAGUCCUGACACCCCGCUCCAGGAUCAGGACGGUGGAAAGUUACUUUACUUUAAACUCACUUCUGCAGGUUUAAACAGUCCGAAAAAGAUCCCCCUUCUUCUCCUGCUUCCGAAGGGGGGUUCAACAAUUUUAAAUGAUGAAAGUUAAUCUUUUAGCGAUUUUCUAAGCUCUAGUUUACGUUGUCUUUGCUUUAUUCUGUCUACAAAGAAACGGAAGGCUGACUUCCUGUUUAGACCUUCCCGUUUCAGUGCCAAAUUGAAGUAAAUUUUUAAGUCCAAUUCCUUUCUGCUCGCAAGUCCUUAUUUAAAGUCCAAUUGUCCGAAAUUUAAGUACUCAUGGGUGAUUAUUUUAGAAGCCAAAUUGUCCCAGGAAAAAGGCAGCGCUCUCCAGCAACGGCUAUGCGGCUUCGCUCCACGGAAAAAGCAGUUGACUCUCAGCACCGCGCCACUUCCCCCUCUUCGCUUCAGAGCCCGUUAGUGGGUUCCUUUGCGGGUUGGGGGGGUGCUAAGGGUGCCCGCCGAGUCCCAUGGUCACAGGCUUCAUCCGCCUGUGAUUUUCGAAAGGGUCCCCGCUUCGCCGUAGCGGAAAAGACCCGUUUCGCGCGGAGCUAGUCCCUCCAGAUCAGAGGGAGUCCGCCAUUGCCGAUGGCGCCACCCCGGAAGUCGAAGCUGAAAAGAUAUAUGAUAGCCAUCUUCAAUUAUCUCAAAGGCUGUCACAUGAAAGAGGGAACAAGCAUUGUAGGGUAGGACUCGAACCAAUUGGCUUCAAGUUAUAAUAAAGGAGAUUCUGACUAAACAUAUGGAGAAAAUUCUGACAGUAAGAAUUGUUUGACAGCAGAAUAUUCUCUCUCAAGAGGUUGUGGACUCUCCUUGCUUGGAGGUUUUUAAGCAGAGGUUAGAUGGCCAUCUGUCAUGAAUAUUUUAGUUGAGAUUCCUGCAUUGCAGGGGGUGAUCCUUGGGAUCCUGUCCAACUCUACAAUUCUAUGAUUCUAUGAAAUUAAAGAACUACAACAGGAAUAAAAUUGAUUAAAACAACUCAAUGUCUGAAAAGAUUUCCUUGAUAGAGAAACCUCAAGGAUAUAUACAGCAUGACAAGUUCUUUGGGAGGCACUGGCAAAACUUAGAAUUUCAAGGGAAAACAUGCUGUUGAUUCUUAAAUAAUAACUGGCCAUCCAACAAAGGUAGAAGACAGCAUCAGAUAAAAUAAAGAAUCUGGCAUGAGGUCCUUGGCUAUGAUCCAUAAGCUAUUACAAGUACAACCUGCAUUUUCUACAUCUAAUUUCUGCUUCUUUGAGUUGUUGUAUCACACCUCUUUUAACAGAGUGGCUGCUGCAUGUCAACUAAAAUGGCAAAAUUAACAGAACAUAUUGUUUCUUUCCUCUUCAAUGCAGGUUAAGAACUUACUGGACAUGAGUGUGUUGGCCUUCGUUCCAGCCAUUUUCCUUGGAAUACUUGGAGGACUUUUAGGAGCUCUUUUUGUUUUUCUGAAUAUAAGAAUUAAUAGAUUACGCAUGUGGUUCUUCAACACAAUUCCAAAAACAUCCCUCAGAAAAACAGCUAAGCUCCUAGAAUCUGUGCUGGUUCUUGUAAGUACUUAAUGGUGUUUUGCCAAGUGUUCCAAAGUUACAACUGUGCUAGCUAGAAUUAAGACCUAAGUCUGAAAACAUAAAGGUUACUAGAACAAUGGAAGGUGCUAAGUUGCCACAUAGAACUGGCAGAAUAACAGCAGAUACUCAGAGGCCCUGAAUCUAUCUCCUACCAAUAUUUUCCAGUCUUUCUGAAUUAUGCAGAAGUCUAGUCAUUAACAAUCAGGUUAGGAUUGUAAUUUACAACAGUUAUUGUUGAUACUGCUACAUAAUACAUUGUUUGGGAAUAUAUCCAUAAUUCAUAAAUUUAUGUUCAGCUGUUCAGACAUAUUUUGAUCUUAUCACAUGCAUACAAAUUUAAACAGAGACUUUGGGGUUAGGGACCCACAUAUAUGGAAAUAAAGCAGAUAGGAAACAAGGUAACUCUGAGUACCUUCCUGCUAAGAAGCUGCUGAUCUCUAGGCUAUGAAAUGAGAGGUCCUUCCAUGCAAUAAAUAAAAGAUUAUUUCUUCACUGUAUUUUUUAUAACAACUAGCUUAAUUAACUAUUGGAACAUUAUUAUUAUUAGUAGUAGUAGCAUUUAUUUAAUUUCUAUACUGUCCUUCAUUUAAAGAUCACAGGCCGGUUUACAAUAUAAAAAUGCAACAAUACACACCAUAACAACAAACAAAAAACAAUAACAUGGAAAGAUUACUUCAAAAAGUUUAAAACAAACAACAAAGCUUGCAUUAGAAUUUUGCUUAAGAAUGGAGAUUGGCAAAUGCAGUUGAUGCAUGAAUAAGGAUUCUGAGUGCAGGGAUCUUUGAAGCAUUGAUUCAUGGGAUUCCACGUCAGCAUCUAUGCUUCUUGGCCUGACUUUAAUAAUUUCUUUUGUAAUUAAGGAAUUUCCCCUUAUUGUUCUUCAAUACACUCACACAUUUCUCCUCUGACUGACUGCUCUCACCACCAUGUGAAAACUCAGUAGGUCACACAUGGUAAAUAUUACUGGCAAAAUGAGUGUUUAUAGAAUAGGCAAGUCCUUGCAUAAUGAGCAACAUUGUCUAUUGUUUGGAUGCACUUGAAAAAUAUGGGUCAAGGCACAAAAAAAGCAUUUGGGUAGAGUUCUUGCACACAGAUCAAACCCACCAUACUCAUCUACCCUCCUUAACUUCCUCAUAGUUCCUUCCCUAGCCAAGCAGCAAGAGAAAGUGGGCAGACAUCAUGCACCUGUUAAUUCUCCUGUGCGAUAUACUUAAAACAUAGAACACUUAUUACAGGUACCUAUUGCCUACUGUAGGAAGGUGGGAGAGUGGGCAGUGGGUCCAGUGAACUGCCUCUUGCUUUGGAGUAAUGUGGCUUCAGUCCCUGCCUGCUUUAGCAACAGAAGAAAAGCAGUAAUAGCAUGCUCCCCUGUCCUUCACUGACUUGUCUCCACCUCCAGGAUGUGGUGAGUUUAGCCCUUGCUGCCUUAAUGAAUAGAAGGCAGGACCACAACAAUCAUGGCUAGCUCGAUCGAGGAUUCUGCACAGCGUUAGGGCUCGCCCACACUUCCGCUUGUCUUAUACCUAGAAAGCAAAGGUCUGAGAGGUUAUCUGCUUGUCCUGUGCUUUUAAAGUACAAGUUCAAGUAGCUUUUCAUCUGUUCCAUUGCUUACCCUGGGAAAACCUUCUGUUUACUACUGAAUCAGAACCAACAUCAAUCUGCAGACAAACUGACAUUUUUUUCUGAUUAGCGGUAAACAAGUAGGAAUGCUAGAUAUCUUGAAGAAAUGUUCCAGUAACUAACGGAAGACAAUUCCAAUCCUAAAACCAGUACAAAAGAAGUCAGAAUUGUAGUCAUGGAUUGCUGGAUUGUGAACUUUGAUAUUAGACCUUUCAAGAGCUUAGAUACACCUUUCUUAUAUGAACGUGAACUUGAGUGGGUGUGUAUAAGGGUAAAUUUGUUUAUUUUAUAUUCAACAUUUCUCUCUUAUGUAUUUUUAAAAACAUGUACAGGUUUUGACCAUUACUGCAACGGUCUACUUGCCAUAUUUCUUUCACUGUACUCCAGUCAAGAACCUGCCAGAAUUUGAACCAUCUACUAAGCCAGAGAAGUAAGUAGUGAAAAGAGAAAUGCAGGCAUCUUUAUAAGUGCCACUGGCUUCUUCAUUUUCAGAAUUGGUCCCUUCACGAAGCUUAAGUGCAACUUCAUAAGUUGUGGUGCCAGACCAACAAUUUGCUUGAAUAUGGGAGCCCAGGAAAUGAAACGUUUCCAUCCACCCAUUCCAUCCAUCCAUCCACUCACCCAUCCACGCACCCAUCCAUCCCAACCUUCCUAUCCAUCCUAUUCUGAUGUUUCUAUUUAAGAAACCUUUCAGAAUGAUGUCAUGGAAUCAUAGAAACAGUUGGUUGUAAGGAAAUCACAGAAAUAAUCCCCUUGGGUAAUUCUCAAAUGAUGCAUCUAAAGUAAAUUUCAAUAACACAGUACCUGUGGGUACUAGUGUGUCCACCCCUCUUUAUAUGGCACGUAUGAAAGGUAAAUGCUUCCUCACAAAUCAGUGCAUGAGAUAUUGUUAGCUCUUCCUCCUCAAUUCCUGUUUGCACUAUCUUAGCCUCUCCUACACCUCUCCUAUAGCAGCCAUUUUGUGUUAUGCCACACCCCUACAGCAGCCAUUGUGCGACCCCCACUGGUUAGCACAGCACUUUAUUAAAAUUCCAUAUGUGCCCCCUGGUCCCAAAAGAUAAGUGACCUCGCAUCUAGAGUUAUCAGUGGGCUAUAGGCUCUUUUGUGACCGGAUUGCUCCCCAUUAUACACAUUGCAACACAAGGGCUUAAAAAGGAGAGCUGUCUUCUGAAUAAAGAGAUGGAGGCUAACUGCUUAAGUACAGAACAUAUGCACGAUGUCAGUCAUAUAAACACAAAGCUAACUCCUCUUCCUAAACUAAGUUUAGUUUCAAAUUUAAAGAUAUAGAAGUGAAACACUUUACCAAAUCAUUGAAUACUUUAAAAAGAACCAAACAAGCACCAAUCCUAGAGUUAUUCAAUGGAUAAUAAAUAUUUUGGAGAGAUAUUGAGGACUUCAGAUACUCACACAUGUGUUGAAAGAACAUGUGAGGGGGAGUUGUGGGUCCACAUGGGCUAGUCCCACCCCUAACUGGUCUUUGCUGGAUGGUGAACUUUGAUAUUAGAUCUUUCAAGGACUUAAAUACACCUUUCUUAUAUUUAGUUGGUUUGUUAUGGGGCUCUACAUGUGUACUUUCCCUUUAUGAAAGGGAGAAUACAGAUUGGGUGAGGAUUAUGAAAGGGAGAAUACAGAUUGGGUGCAUAUAGUGUUCUAUGCACUUACAUGCUCCUCUGUUGCAUUUGGAGCUGGGAGGAAGAUAUGUCUAUCGAGGAUGGUGAUGAGUGGCCCAGUCUGCUUGCUCUGCCUCACAUGUUAUUCAAUACAUGUAGUAUGUCUGAACCCCCUUUUGCAGUAUGUAUUCUACUCAUGAAUACAAUGUUGUUUCUUUUAUUUUUGAUUUUUCAAGUAUAAGCCAGCCUACGUGGCACAUUUCAGAAUAUAACUGUCCCCUGGGAACAAUCCAGACUGGACCAGAUGGAGCGAACUAUUCCAACCGAUCCUUUAAUGAAGGUAUGCAGGAGGGUGGGUGGGGAGUAGAACUAGGAAUAGGAAUGACCAGCAUUCAUGUAACUGCAUUUCUCCAACUAUGCUGUUUCUCUCCAGAACACAAUUUGACCAAAGUCUUUGAUUUCACUGUUACUUGGGGUUGAAUAACAAACUAGAAACAGUUUCUGAGGCAUUCAAGGAGAUCAGAUGCUUCUUAACCGUGUUAUGCUCUUCUACACUUUUCUAGAGACUUUGGUAGCUCAGCCCUAUUUAGGACUUUGGUCACAGGACAUGAUAGCUUAGGUGGAUAGGCAGCAAUACUAAAAGGACUUGCCUUGCCUAUCUGCCCAAUGAAUCUUGAGUUGGAAGAUGUGGCAUAACAAACAGCAACCACAGUCACAAUGAUCCAUCAGCAUCAGUGUCCUUGGUGCUCUGUAGAGUUUAACAAGCAAAAGCAAAUCUAGACAGGCCUCCUCCACAUCAUCCUUCUAAUCUAUAAUAGACAAUGGAAAAAACAGAAGGUGGCAUGGAAGUAGAGAGGGGAAGGGAAGGUAGCAAGGGAUGGAUCUGAACAACUUACAUGUCCUUAAUUGUGGUUUACAAUUGCCAAUUGAGACUGAACAGUUAAGCCAUUGGUUUUGUGAAAAAAGUAAUUUUGAGACCUGUGCAGAUGCAACUGUACACAGAAGCCUGUUUGAUAAACUAUCUGGACAUUAGAGCCCUUCUGCUUGUUCUUUCUCUCACCUCCCACCUUUCCAAUCUCAUUUAAAGCUGCUGCUCUCUUGGCUGAGAAUGGGAUGAGAGGAAUCACGUACUUAUUCAGACGUGGAACUCACGAGGAAUUUGGAUAUGCUUCUCUUUUUACGGCACUUGUAUUCUACUUCUUGCUUUCCUGCUUGACAGCAGGCUCUGCCAUUGCAAGUGGUUUGGUUAUACCUAUGCUGUAAGUAUUGCAUUCAUUUUAUGCUACUAUAGGAUGCAGGUAUCUCUAUGGAAAUCCACAAUAUGGUGAAAGUCACUCAGUACAUUCCACUUACACCACACAUUUUCAACAUUGCAACUGCCUACAUGUAAACCAAAGAGGUUAGUUAUUUACUACAUAUGGUGAUGGGUAAAAAUAGUCAUGUAUACCAUCCACCUCUUAUUCUGGACAAAAUAGACUUGCAUUUAUGUCUCAUAUAAGAAAAGUGGGUCAGCUGCCUUCAGAAAAAUGCUUAACAAGUGGCUGAAAAGAGCAGGCAGAUCUAAUGAUUUAUCAGAGCCUUUCUGUCUUUGCAUCUCAGGUUGGUUGGGCACCUCUAGGCUGGUACUUUCUUGCAGGUGUGUUGUGAAAUGUAUUAUUGGCACAGUAAUAGCACAUUAGUGGUGGAUUUAUUCUGCUUUAUUAUUUCUGCAAUGCUUCCCCAAUGUUAUCACAUUAUGGUUGUCUAGUGGGACUAUGGUACAACAAAAGCAGGACACCUCCACCCCUCAGAACAUCUGUAGUAUGUAAAGCAAUGGCAAGUUACAGGAUGGGCACUGAUUGGAAAUGAAGCAGUGUGACCACCCCAAAACUUUGGCAGGUGUAAAUAGUAUUGAAAGUGGGAAUGAUAGCAGCAUGACCACAAAUCACCGUGCCUGUGCAAUAAAAAGGAUGCCUGGAGAUAUUAUUUUGAGUUUGUUUGAGAUAUAUCUGACACUCUAUUGCCAAAACUUAGCUUUUCUUUUCAGGUGAUUUUUAAAAAAAUCAAUAUGCAGCUUCUACUUAUAUGUCAUGCAGUAAUCAGAGACCUUUCCUCAAGAUGCUGCUCCUGUUUAUGGGGAAAAAAUCACAAACAUUUCAAUUUCAAAUGCUGUGGGGUAUGUGGCUGUGUGUAUGUCAGAGGCAUCUGUUGACUAAUGCUUGGGACAUCACUAGAGAUUAGCAACACACAGCUCCUACCAAACCAUUAUGAGAACUUUUAUGAGAACUUGUAUCCAAUGUAGCAUGAAGUCACUUGUUUGGCAAGUGCAAGGAAUUAUCAUUGCAAAGUGAAAUUUCCACCAUUCUUCUCUCCCUGGGCACUACCUAAAUCUGCUCUGGAGAUUCCUCCAACCUCUCCUUCUCAGAGAAGAGUUUCAUCUCACCAGGGUAAAUUUUUGCACUCAUAGAAUGAGUGCAUUGGAUGCCACCUUUAAAGUUCAAUUAAAAUAAUUGAUUUGAUGUCUAAGAGUGUUGAAUGCUGCUCUGCUGUUCCACAUCAGUGUUGGAGGGCACAUAUUGUCUUUUAACAGGAAAUGUGGAAAACACCAGACUAUCACCUCCCACUGAAGCAGGGGUUCUUUUUUUAUUUAGUUCAUUGAAGGCUUCAUGCUUCCCUCUCCUGUGCUACUUGCCUGUGAUUUUAUCUAACAUCACUGGCAAGCAAGCAAGCAAGCAAGCCAGCCAAUUUCUCAGAGCAUAGCUGGCCCACCCUUUCAGCAAGACAAUCCCCUUCUAUAAUUCAGAGACAGGUUGUCAUGCUAUAGUGCCAGAUCUCUGCUAGCACAGUUACCAAGAGAAAAUGAAAACCAUUUAUCUGCCCAGACAAGUGUCUUUACUGUCUUCUUUUCCUUUGCAGGUACACAGGUGCAUUAUAUGGCAGGAUAGUUGGCUUGAUACUGGUUUCCAUUUUGGGGGUUCAGACUGAUGAACACAGUGCAUGGAUUGAUCCAGGGUUGUUUGCCGCAGUUGGAGCUGCUUCUUUCUUCAGUGGUGUUUCAAGGCUAACCAUCUCCCUAACAGUUAUAAUGGUAUGCAAUAAACUAACUUGUAUGCUGUUUCGCCAUUGGCCGCCAUGAUGUUACCAAAUGCCUCAAAAGCAUAUUUGGUAUUUUGGUCUCUGAGUAGUAGACUGGCAGUGUGGAGGAGCACAGUGGAAAUUAGCAGCAGUUUGCCCUGCUUCAGAAAGCUCUGUGGUAGAAAAACUGGAGCCCUGCCAGAAUCCUUGGAGCACGUGGGCAGAGGUUCGUUGUCCUUUUCACAUGGUCAGCAACUGAGUAAGGUGAAGAAUGAGGAGGUUGCUCUGUACAUCUUUACAGGCAAGCAUGUAGGACCCCCUUCCCCUGGGCUGGUGAUGUGGAGCCCUGAUUGUGUUAGUAAAAUGUGAUAUCUGAAAAGCAAAACAAAACCAACAAAUCCCUGUCUGAACAUUUUCUAGUCUCUGUGUUGAAAGCUGUGUCCAGCAUUAUUGACUUUUAAUAAUAAAAAGGUCAGAAACAGUACAGCUACCACAGAAAAGCUGUAACUCAGAGUACGCAGAAAUCAUGGCACCAUUAAGAAAAUUAAAAAAGCUGAAGGGUCUGCAGUAAUGUUGGCUACUCUUCAAUAUUCCUUUUUGAGAUGAAAAAAGGACUUGGACGUGACAAUGCAAAAACAUAGUUAAAAGGUGGUGACCUUGAAUUGUAAAGUGCAUACAUUUUUCCAAUACCGUUUGAUAGGUUCCAAAAUAAUUUUGGAAUGUUUGCUUUGGCUGUCUAUGCAGUCUUCCAUUUGGAAAGAGUUAUAUGGUGGUGAUGAACAGGUUAGUAAAAUGGUUUUAAAAAAGAAAUACCAGACCCCACAGGCUUUUGCCCACUUCUUCGUUCUUGGCUGCCUCCCUUUUCCAUGUUGAUACUCAGCAUUCUGCCUUUCCUUUUUGCUGAAAGUACUAGGUCUGAUGGUAACAUUUCCACAUGCUCCUAUUCCAGUAUGGAGAAAAGUCCACUUCAUCCAAGUUAAAUAACUGUGCUUAAGCCCAUGCAACUCUAUAUGAGGCUUAAGACUGUUUGUUUAAGUAUUCUAUAAUAUCCUAAUUAAUUAAAUUAGCUAUUGCUUGAUGGCCAAAAGGGCUUCUCAGUGGUUUACACUUUAUAAAAUCAAUGUAAAAAAAUAUAGCCAUACAUAAUUAAAGUACACAAUAAAACACUUCUAUCAAAAUAUUAAAAUAAGCACCCACAAUUAAAAUGCAUAACAAAACAAGCUCAUUGAAACAGCAUAAAAAUUAAAAAAAGCAAUUAAAACAAUUAAACAGGAGGUUCAAGCCAGGAAAUCAGGGGAAUGCUUGUUUAAGCAGCUGUGACUUCAAGAACCAGCAGAAUGCCAAUACAGACAGGUUAAAAUAUUUUAUGUUGAGGGACAAGCUUCAGUUAAGUACAUUUGUAUUUGCAGAUGCAACUAUAUGGAGACAUGCUUUACAAACAGAUUAUUCAGCUAUUGCAAACGGCAUGCAAUAUGCAGUGUGGCAGGAAAUAAAAUGAAUGAGAUCAAGGGCACUUCCAGACUAUCACUAUUUUGGGGUGGGAUUCAUACACAUACUGGCAAAUUCAGUAUGCACAAUUAUAGUUGAUUAGGAGUUCUUGCACAGCAAAUCUACUUCCCAAAAGCGAUGGAAAAAUGUACUGGAAAGUGCGGGAUAACACUUGCAUUGACUGAACAUCUUUUGACCUGCCCACCAACAAAUCAGAAUGAAUGUUAAUAAAAUAGCCAAUGUUCUCUAAUCUCCCUGCAAGCAAAUUGGGAUGAAUGCCCAAUAAAUAGGUCAUCUGGAAGUGCCCCAAGAGUCCAUUGGCCAGGCUGUCUCUACUGUCCACUGAAAUAUCUCCUCAGGCAGAGGAUCUUGGAUGACAAAAAUUAUUGCAAUGACCCUUAUAUGGCCCAGAAACAGGAGUGGUUGGAAAUCCUCUACUCAGCCUCUUAAAUUGUACUAUAGCUAAUAAAGUGCUCAAAGACCACUUCUGAUUAAAUCUUGGUAUGAACCAUUCACAUUGUCUCUUUUGGGAAGCCCAAAUGGAAUAAAAGUAGAAUGCUGUUGGUUCUUUAGGCAGCAAUAACUUAAACAUUGCUGGCUCAAGUGCAAACCUUACAGCUGUAGGUGCACAUCCAGCCGGAAACUAGUAGUAAUCUCCUCAUGCAGAUGGUAAGAACUGGCUUUGGAUGAUAAAAUGGAACGAAAUCUGAAUUGGAGAAAGAUACAAUUGUACGUCUCAAGAGCCAAAUACAGUUGCAGCCAAAAGUAACAGCUGGCCUUAUUUGUGAAGGGAGUGACAAGCCAGUAGUGAGGAUUGGGAGGGCAAUGGUUUCUUUUGCUAGAUGGGAACAGUUUUAGAGCAGUCACUAGGAUAGACAGAAGCAGAAUCACAAUGACAGUCCUGUGUACAACCAGAAGUGCAGCUGGUGCUCCAAAUACCUUCAGCCAAUGUAUGCAGCUACAGCUAUUGCUCAUGCUCUAGGAUGAACUGUCUCAGUAGUUGCUCAUGGUUAAAGCAUGACUUCAGUUUCUUUGUAUCACGACACUGGAUCACAACCUUGCUGACAUUUCCUCUUGGGAAAGGAAAAUAAAUUUCUAAAAGGUUUCCAUCUGUUACAAAAACCCACCAAAACAUCUGUCAGCGUCAUUAAGCGCUUUUCUGGCUGUGCUCGACAUACACUAGCGGCAGCAAUUUCAGAGUGGAAGUGUUCUGUUGAGCAAGCAAAACGGGCAAGUGCACCAACCUUUUUCUUAAACAUCAUUGUUCAGAGACUUCUGAUGGUUGUACCAACCUUUACGCUGUGAUUUGAGUAACAUGGCUAGAACCAACAUGUUAGCUAACUGAGUCUGCCCUCAGAUUCCAAGCAUACCUUGAGUAGAGUGAAACAUGAACAUGAAUUCUAUAUGGUCCCAAGCUCUAACACUUCUUUAUAACCCCUCCACUCUGGCACUUGAGAAUUGCAAGUAUCAAUUUUAUGUAUCCCUUCAAUGUAGGAACAUCUAAUGUAGGCCUGUUAAAGGUGAAGUUGGAAGAAAUGCCUGCAUCACUUUGUCUACAUUGGAAACAUAGUGAAAGUAUGAACUAUGCAGUAUCCCAUAGUAUGUAGAGCAAUCUGGAGUUGGAAGUGAAAAGGAGAAGAUUAACAGAGCAAGGGAUAUGUGUGUGCGUGGUGGUGAUGGUGGGGUGAAGAUUAACAGAAAACUGAUUUAAAAAACCAACCUUCUCUGUUCUUAGGACUGCAAAAUUAUCUGGGCUAGUCUGUCUUCCAGGCUUCAAGUGUAUGCUGUACUGUUUGUUAUAAAUGAAAACCAAUACAAUGUCUUUUAAAAUCUCCAAAACUCCAGUGAUAACAAGAUGCUAGCAUAGUGAUGCAGCCCUCUAGAGUUAGUAAAAAUAUAAAAAACUCAGAAUUAUUAGAGUUGUGCAUCCUUGGUGUAAAUCACUUUUGUAAAGUGUGUUAGACAGUUCUGAGCUGGAUUAUGCGGUAUCUUUUUCAAGAAGAGAAAGGGAACUUGGUGAGGAAGGCAGCUGUUAGGUUUUUAGGAAAGUUCACAUUUACCACAAGCCACUUGCCUUUUUAUGAAUGUAAAUAUAAAUGGUGCCCUCUUUGCCUUUACAAUUUUUUUUUUUUGCACCUAAUGACUUCGUUUUUAACUAGAUUCUCCCCUCCAAUGAAUUCGAGUAAAAAAGAUCGUCAGUAAAAGUCUGCUGUAUCAGCAGGCCCAACUUUAAUGAGGUUCCAUUUUGACUACAUUUUCAAAACCAAAAGCCAAACCGAGAAACAAGUUAACCAUGGUGUGACUAAGAAUGAGGGCCAGGGCUUUUAUCAGUAGUUUUAUGUAAAAUGUGUCUUUUGAAUUUCCUGGGCAGCUGCCCUCCUCUCUUUGAUGUGCCAUGCCUUGUUGAUGCUCUUAAUGAAAUGCAUAAGUAUGUGUUAUGUAAUAAAACUAUAAUAAUAGACAGGGGGCCAACUAGUUAUAAUGAUGUGGGGUAUACAUCACUGUAGGGCUUACAGAAAAAUUGCACCAGUGACUAAAGUAAGGUUGGUUUUUUCUAAAAGCCUCUGAAGCAUUCCACUAAGCGUGCAAUUAUGUAUGAGGUAAGCAAAGUGAAACUAAUUUGCUGAUUUAUGAAUUAUAAAUCUGCCUAUUAAUGGUAUUUUUCCUUAAUCCAUUAGCAGUGCUGGCUGUAUAGGAGCAGGAACCCUAAAGGCAAGUCGUCUUUAGCAUGGCCUGUUACCUCUAUAAGACCUAAAUUACAUAAGAUAGCGAAAUCAAGCAUAGCUAGUAAAUCUUUCCUUGUGAUCUGCCCCCUAAGUGCACUUUACAUUGCACAUGAUUAAAAGAUAAAAUUUACUGGCUGUUAAGCUGUUUUUCCUGUUUUUCUUUCUCUUCCUUUUCUUCCAUUUUUUUUUUAAAAAAAAUCUUAGCACCAAUUUGUCUACUUCUUAUAUCUGUCCCUUCAGUGUAAGUUCUGUUUCUACAAGGUAUAGGGCUAGGGGAAGUUUUACCUAUUAUGAGCAGCCCAAAUCAAGUAGCAAGUUUUCUUGAGGUGGGGUCUUUUCAGAUUAUCAGUUUAUAGAGCAGCAGGUGUGCUCUUUUCCAUUCUUUUUUUUGCUUGAGAUCUAGUUCUAUUUGAGGAUACAGUGUUUCCCCAGAAGCCAAACCUUAUUGGAGAAUUUGAGUCUUUCCCCAGUUAGUGCGGCUGUUAUGAUUUAGAGAACUGUUCAGAAUUAUAUUGUUUCUGUAUCAUUAUUUGUGGUGUCACCACUGCACACUAUACUUGACUUACUAACAGCCAAGAGAAAGAUCACUGUCCUGAGGAGACUACAAUCUAAAAUAGUUAAGAUUAUAUUUAUACAUAAAUGUAGUUAUAAGGAAUGAAAUUAACAUGUGUGUUACAUAGUUAAAUUACAUUUGAAGAAUAGGAUCCAGAUAGGAGCUCCCAUAUUUAAAAACAUAAAAAAGCAACUGUGCACCAUUCUGAUUUGGGAGAAGGUUAGCUGUUCACUCUUUCACUCUUUGCUAUUUUUCUGAUUAAAAUUGCCCCUUGUUAAGUUGCUGCUUGACCCACAGGGAGAAAUGUACAGAUAUAUCAUGCGUACUUGCAAGUUUCUUCCGAUGGGACAAUUAAUAGCUUUAGUGAGAAUAAUUUCAAUCAGGAAAAUGGCAUAGAGGGAAAGCUUUAAGCCUCUUCCAUGGUGCUUUUGUACUGUUCCAAACUGCCCAUUCCAUUGCAGCUACAUUUAAGUGUUGAAACACAGGUGAUUUUGUACAUGGCUCUCCCUUACCAUGUCUAGAUUGGUCCAUGAACAUCUACCUGAGAGUAGCUGUGACAUCCAUGAUGAUGGGUAGCACAAUUCCACCCCUCUGUUGCAUCCUAUAUUGUGCCUUGUACUCAGGGGAACCACAUAGCUGCUGAAGCUGACUAAUCUCACGGCAAAGUGUGAAGAAAUAUGUCUUGACAGUUUCACAUGCAGUACCUAAUAAUUUAAGACUUCAUCUUCAGUGGCUGCUGAGGUGAAACAUUCAAGUGGAUUCUUUACACUUGCUUUGUAACAGUCUUAUUAUCUGUGUGAGUCUCCUCUUUGCAGGUUCAGUGCUCUCUCUUUCACACACCUCAUGUGCUGGAGCACACAUAAUUCACCUAUUAUUGAAUAAGGGCAGCAAGGCUAUGUCAGUUGCCACACAUCAAGGUUAUUGGAAGAGUAGUGAGGCAACCACCCAUCUAUUAUAAAUGGGCUGGAUGUUGUAGAAUUACCUUUGAAAGAAGACAUGCAAGACGUUCUGACCAAGGUUAAAUACAGAUAGGGCAGUUAUUAUUUUUCUUUACAAUGUCCAUGGGUGGGACUGCAUAGAAUCAUGGAAUUUUUGAGUUGAAAGGGACACUAAAGGUCAUCUAGUCCAACCUCCUGCAAUGCAAGAAUCAUGCCCACAGCCAUCUCUGGGUGGGUUCGAACCAUCAACCAUCUGGUUAACAUCCAGAUACCCUAACCCACUGUGGCACCAGCCCUACCUGUCAUGUUAGCCUGUCUCUGAUCACUCCCAGGGACAUCUGCAACCCCAUUUUUAUCCUGCUUUGCUACCCAGACUUUCCAGCCACUUCAAGAUGGUCUUACCUGUUCAGGGGUGGGGGAGAGACUUUAAAACAUCAAGUCAAUCCUUCGACUACCUUGUAAAAAGCUUUUAAGUAUUUUAAAAUGCAUUUUAGUGAUGUUCAACACAAAGGGUAAAGGGAGGGAAUGGAUGGAGAAGGAAUAAAAGUGAAAGUUACACGGACCAGGAAUUGACUGAAUUGUCCAUCUUUAUCUGUGACCCCAAAGUAGCGAUUACUGGACAGCAAAAAAGCUCUAAAACGCAUCUGAGAAAUGCAUAGUGUUUCUGUUUGGGCUGGUUAGGAAAAGUCUUUUUUUUCUUCUGGCAGCUUCUUAGCAGAAUGCUUCCUUGCUUUGAGAAUCCAUACUUUAGUGGGUCCUCCAUAUUUUAGUGGAUACUGGUUUUUUCUUCUUCUUUUGAGCCUGUGAGCACAUCAGGCAUGCUUAGAAAGUGCUGUAGGCAUCAGUUUCAGAAUGGCUGCAAUGGAGUGCAGGCGUGACCUUAACUGAAAGGGAGUUCCAUAAAAUUUGGCCCACAAUACUCUCAACUCUCAACCAAUGCUAUUCAAAAAGUGCUGAAAAUGGCUGUUAAUUGUAACAUCAUGUUGCAGUUAUUUCUUAGUUUGGAGCAUAAAGCCUACAGUAUUUUGUUUAACAGAAUUUUUGUACCAUGUAAUUGUAAAUAAAACAUCUAACCGGUUUCUUUAAACAGAUGACCUCUAAUUAUCAACAACACACUUCUUUUCUAGUAACGCAUGUUCUCAUUUCCCUGCUACUUUAGGUAGAGAUCACAAAUGAUGUACAGUCCUUGCUACUCAUCAUGCUGGCAGUCAUGCUAGCCAAAAUGGUUGGUGACUGGUUUAACAUGUCUCUAUACAGUUCUUUACUGAAGCUGAAAUCCAUUCCCUACUUAGAUGCUGAACCAUUUGUUUGCCAUAGGAAAAAAUGGUGAGUGUAUUCUUAUUUUCCUAUUGUGGCUGUUCUAUGAGUUAGUGUAAAAUGACUGGAUGUCUUUAAUUUGCUGAUUUAGAGAUUGAUUUGGCCAUAACGUGUGAUUUCUUUUGAGUUAGGGACAAACAGAAACCUGGAAGGAACCUAGUUCAACUUCUGGCUGCAUCAGAAAAAACCAAACAAGAUAGGAAAAUAUAGUAAAUGCAGAAUCAUGUCCCUUGAAAACAUAAAAUGCAUAGCAAAGCUAUCUCCAUGUAUAUAUCAGAUGAAGACUUAUCUGCAAUUGCCUCCUAACACAAGAAGCAAAAUGAGUUUUGUUCUAGUAUCACAAGAAACUGCUUAAAUUAUAGUGAGUGUUGGCAUUGCAGCAUUUUGGCAAGGAAAGAAGAGCUAUACUUCUGGCCCACUAAUCUAAUUUCUAGAGAAGAGACAUUUUAAGUGUGUGUCUCUUUUCUGAUACAAACUUCUGAUAUAUAGUGAUGGGAAAGAGGUAAUAUAUUCAUUGUGGCCUUUUUCAGCCAAGGCUGGGCAUAAUCCCCAAAUGUUGAAUAGGCUUCCCAUUAAUAAACCAAUGAACAAUGGGAACAAAGUUUCUAUUCUUUUUUCUUUUCUUUUAGCACAUCAUAGAUAUUCACUUUUGCUUGUAAAAAGUUAUGUCAGAUCAUACAGUGUGUUAUGUUCUAGAUACUGGAUGAUUAAGCUGUGUCUAACAGAGGGAUGCACUGUGACUUCUAGUUAUGCUGCAUACCACCAUAAAUUGUCCCCUCCCUGUUAUAAAAGCUAGCUAACUGGAACACUCAGAGCUGCUGGCUGCCAGGGAGUGCUUUUUAAUGAGGGCAAGAGUACUCAAACACUUCUAUAACUUGGCAACUCUUCCUGCUUUUAUAAGCCACUAUACACUUCAGAAAGAAAAUAUCUUACAGCCUACUUUUUAAUGGGACAAGUUAAGUGCUGAGUGAAUCUGGUGCUUGUUCUGUUCUAGCUUAACGUUAGCCUUGUCAAAAUUCUCUGUGUUUCUGCAUGAUAUGCCACAUAAAACUGAUUUGAGGAGCCAAGAAAUCAGGCUAUGAUAAAGUAAUUGUAUAUUGUUUUAAAUAAAAGCAUGUUGGAAAGUGGCAUUACAUUAAAUAGUUGAUUGUAUUGCAUAGUUGAGCUUUUGAUAUUGCUGACUUGGAUUUUCUGAAGUGGGAGUUUGUACAUUUUUAAUUGGAGUGAAAUGAACUUAUAGAGAAAUCACUCUGAAAAUUCGCAUGUUGAAACUGUCACCUUGAAAUUAAAUGGGUUGGUUUUGUGUGUAUGUGUGUGACUAAGAAAGAGAGAGAGGCCCGGCUCACACAUCACAUUAACAAGAGUUAAAAUAAACUGUGGUUUAAUAUGAGCAAGCAGCAUGCUGGUUUUUCUGUUGCUCCUCCCACAUUCUGGCUGCUGUUGUGUUGCUGGAGAAAGCCUUGGUCUGGCUUGUGUUGUCUGAUCCCAGGCUCAUGGUUUCUUGUCCCUAAACAAACUACAUGUCACAAUCCAAGAAGAAACUUUGGCUUCUGGACAUGCUUUGUUGGGAAAGCAACAAACCAUGAACCUGGGUUGGGAUUACCCAACAAGAUAGACCAUGGUUUGUCUCCUGGUAGUACAGCAGUAGCAGGAGUUGGGGAGGAGCAAAGUGACUGCAGUUUCAACAAUGUGCACCAGCACGUCCUUGUUCACAUUAAACCAUAAUUUAUUUUAACUAUGGUGCAGUGUGAUGUGCAAACCAGGCCAAUAAGAAAAUCAGUGUGACCAGACACAAGUUUCAUGGAAAGAAGGUGUUGGCAUGGCUGUCACGAUACUGGUGCAUACCUCUCCAUAUUGUGGUGUGAUGUUGUGGCAUGACUUUCUGUACUAUUUGGAAUCCUUUUUUAAAGGUACUAAUCAUGACCCAUCUUUUCUUUAGUCUCCCUUGGCCCUUCAGUAUUUUUGGAAAACAUUUUUGGCUAAAUACUUUUUAAUGACUUAUAUCUUACUAUUUAACUUACAUGAUAACCUUUGUUUCCUUCAGUCAUAAGUGUAUUCUAUUUCCUCAAAAGUAGACACUCAUUUCUGAAUUAAUAAAGAAUAAUAAGCCAGCUGGCAAAGCAGAGGAACCCCGUCUUGUAUGCACAGCUUUGGCAGAACAAUAGGAUUGCUAGUCACAAUUUAUUUAUUAGUUCUAACACUGACCCAUCUUAUGGGGUCUUGUAAACAUUACUGAGAUAAUGAUGUGAAACACCUUUAACAUACUAGCUAAGUUAUUAUUGUUAUGAUUUGAAGCUUAGCACAACAAUCCUUACACCAGAGGAUCAGAUUUCUCUGCUUAAUUCCCCAAUGUGAUGAUUUAUAAGCCUGGGAGUUUUAUGAAGGACGAGGGCAUAAAUCUAUAAAAUGAAAUAACAGUUGCUUUUUCUUUUAAAAUCUUCCAUGUGACACAGUUGCAACCACGUUCCUGGGUAUAAACAAAUUUUAAAUAAGCAAGUGGAGUCUGCAACCAAAUGAAUCAGUGUGGAGUGCUUCUGUUCAGGAUUCUAGCCACUCUAUUCCAUUCUCCUCCUCACAGUUUUGUUUCUUUUGCCCAAUAGUUAAUCAACAUUAUGUGCCCACUGAACAUGCUCAAUCCUCAUUGGGCUCCUUUGGGGGAGCACACUGGUGCCUAGUCUGAGCUACAUUAAACUCUUGGAUAUCUUGAUUGAUUACUAUAUGCAGCUUUCACUUUCAUUCCUGGAGACAUUUAGAACAUUCCCAGUGAGAAGCAGGAAAGGGCUUAUGAAAUAGUUCUCCACCCUUUGCAUAGGCCUCAUCUGCACCAGAGUGCCUUCCCUAUGAAGGAAGGUUAAUUAAUAUCAACAGGCAAACUACUUCCAUGAUUGCCACCUAGUGAAUUUUCUGUACGAUUCAGAGUUAAAAACUUAAUGUGGCUGCCUAAAUGUUACUGACAACCAUCAUGAAAAUAAAACCAUCCAAAAAGCAAGCUCUUGAAAUGUAUUUAUAUAAGGUCCAAUGUUACUUAUCAUAAUAAAACAAUGGUUUACAAGAAGCCCAGCUAAAAUCCAUUGUUGUUUUGAAAAAAACCCUUCAUUUAGUCAAUAGAUAAACAUUCCCACCAAGUGAUGCGAAUGAUCUGAGUGAGGUUUACUUAGAUAAAUGCAACCAUCCAGUAGGGAAAGAUGUGAAUGAGCAGAGCUGCCUGUUUUCUCAUGCUGAUUUCCACGAGCAUGUCUGCUUAUAACUGUAAAAUGUUCUUCAGGAAGAAUAUUGUCAUGGGUUUAAUUAAGUUUCAACCUAAGGUAUCACUCUAAUCCAGGGGUGGUGUGUUGGGAUACUGCUAGGGAGACAAAGAUGACCAGCCAUCGGGCAGGCCUCCACGUUAUCUCCAGACAAUCCAUCGAUCUCCCGUAGAACAGCAUCAGUCAAUUAGCGACACGAGCCUCAGACACAGAAGAUGCACCCAGAAGAGCAUAUUUACAACUUUAUUCAGCGUUGGUCAGAACAAAGGAAAAACAUGACUGCUGCCUUCGUGUCAAGGCAACAGACAGAAACAAAAGCUAUAUACAAAACAGAAACUUCCUGUGAGCAGGAAGUACGCAGGCUUGGGACACACAACAGCCUGCUCCCUUUUUAAGGAGGAAUGGAAAUAUCCUAACAUGGUGAACCUGUAGGUUGCAGGCUGGACCAGGCCACAAAACCAUUAUUCCCCACCACAGUCCUAGGUUGGGAGGAGAGCCUUUCUUCUCUUGUGCAAGUUAAUGGAGAGAUUGCUUUUGCCAUUAACUUGCCUUGGGUGGGGUUGGGGAGAAAGAGUACACUCCCUGAAAUGGUUGUUGGGGGAGAGAAUCUAUCUCACCCCUCAAGGAUCCUGUUACCUCAAGGGUCAUUGAGUUUCUCUCCCUACCAGCCAUUUUUGAGGCUGUAACUCCUGCCCCCUGCAAGUUUAUGGAGAAAGAGCCUUUGCUAUUAAUAUGUGUGUGUGUGUGUGUGUGUGUGUGUGUGUGUGUGAUUGCCCUUCUCACAGUGCUGAGUUUCAACCUCCCCUCUCAGCCCAGCAAUGUAAGAAAAUGUGUGUGUGUGUGAGAGAGAAAGAAAAGUGCUUUGUGUGUGUAUGGUUGUGGUUUCCAUAUGUGGUGAGUGUGCAGUCGUGGACUUCAUGAGUGGUGACUAACUAUGAUGCAUACAUGCAAGAGAGAGGGUGUGUUUUCUGGCUUACAAUCACCACUGGAGUGUGGCCCUUGGAGACUUGACCAAUCUUGAAUGGACAAAAAAGUCAGCCAGCCAGCUCUAAUUCCAACAAACAGUGCAUGAAGUGGUAACUUUGUUUCUAGAGGGUACCAUUCAAGGUGGUAGAUGGCUGAAUGGUCCUUUGUACAGAAAUUCACUGCAUGUAGAAAAAUGGCAUUAUCAGAAAGAAGAGUAUAAUGUUUUCCCAGAUAUUUACCGGUAGUUUUCUAUGUGCACAGAUUUUUCUUUUUUGUAUGGAGGACUAUUAAAUCAUGGGAUUUGCCACCUGCAGUUUGAAGUGGUGCAACCAGAUAAAGGCUAAUCACCACAAUUGUCACUUGUUAGAAGUAAACUAAGACUAGAUGCUACUACUUGGUAUAGUAAUCCCAUCUGUAUUCAAUAAUUUUGUAGUCCCAAGAAAUAAAACACUGCCUUUCACCAAGGGCCAUAUUCCUACUCUGCAUGAAGCUCACUGAGUGACAUUGGGUCAGUCACUAUCUCUUUGCCUACUGUAGCACACAGUGUUGUUAAAGGGGAGAAGCAUGUCCAAUGUCCUGAGCUCCUUGGAGCAAGAGUGUUGAAAUCCUCUAGUGACACCAGAUUUUCUCUUAAAAUUUAUACUGUGCCAACAUGCCUCUACAGAAUGUUCAUGGUGGCCAACCAAGCUUUAUAAACAACACUUAAAAUAAUAUAAAUAGAACAGAUGUGGUACAGAUGUUCUCUGAUAUCUGUACAACAUGACCAGAGUAGUUGUUAAUGUUUCAUAUAUCUCCAAGAGGUCAUCAGUGAUCACAGCAGCUUAUUGAGCUUGGUGAACAAUUGGUGAGAACCAUUUUAACUGUUAUGUUGUUAUGAAAGUUUUAUUUCUUCUUUACAUUCUCCUCCUAGUUCCAAGAACUUUUUGUAAUCUGAACAUAAUUUUCUGGGGAUUUCAUUUUGAAUUAAAACAUUUUUUAAAAAGCAGAAAAACUCAUGGAAACUGAUUAAUGGUUCUUAUCUUCUCUUAGAAAACUAAUGCUUACAUCUGGUUGGUUUUAUCAAGCAUCUUACUCAUAGGCAGGAAAGUCUUGAUAAUGACUUUAUUGGUUAAUUACAUUUGAAACAACAUAUUCACAAAAUAAAAACAAUUUAUUUGCAGCUUGAAGUAAUUCACCAGCACAUUAUAAAGUCAUCAAACACUCAUGUGGUACGGUGUGCCUUGUUCCUUGUUUACUAAAUAAAUUGUUGGCUGUCUGCUUUAUGUCUUUCAGGUUAAACCUGGAAUUGUUUGCUGCCAGAGAUGUCAUGAAGCUUCAUGUCAGGGUUCUCCAUGUAAGAGAAAACAUUGCUUUCUUGGCUCAACUCCUUGCCAACACCAGCCAUAGCGGAUUCCCAGUGGUUUACAAAUCUAAGCCAGAUCAGGCAGAGGUGUUCCUGGGAACAAUUACGAGGUAAGAAGCCACUACAUUCUUCCCAGAAGAUAAGUGGCCCCUAAGGCCAAUAUUUAGAACAAAGAAUGAAGGCCUUAGCAUACUGUAUUAAUGAGAAAACAUGUCAUGAAGUAGAGGGCUUGUGAUCUGCAACAGUUUUCUCUUUAAAGUUUGGAACAACUUUUGCCAGUGCGUGUUUGCAUAAACCACUCUGUGUGUUCCUCUGUGUUAACUGUGCAAUAUUCCUUUAGAAACAGGCACACACCUCAAGGCACUUGGAGGCUUAUGAGAACAAUGAAUCAGAAGGAUGUGUGUUAUCAAAUUGAUCACAAUUUUUAUUUAUUUAAAAUAUCAUUGGCAAACUUCCCUUUGUUUACUCUUACUCAAGUUCACCUCUUUCAAGAUAAAACAUGUCAGAAUUCGGAUGAAACAGCAAAGUCUCUAAUGCUUGUGAUGGCUUGCUUCAGUAAACAGGAAAUAAAGCCAGCAAGCACUUCCACUCCAAGAGAACAGAACAUACAUGGCUUUGUUUUCUGGCCUCACAAUAACUUGGUUUGUAGUGCUAUGGUACACAAUUGUCUCCAAUCCUUCAAUAACUUGUAUCAAAGCUGACAUUUGUUCUUAGUGAGUUGUCAGUCUGUAGACAGAAAGAGCCUUUUGUGAAUUUAAUGUUAAAAACAACAACCCUACCUUUGUCCACAACUACAGAUAAGCAGGAAUCUUUAUAAAUAGCAGAUUUUUUCUAUAUAACCCAGGUUUUUCAUUUAUUAAAAAAAGUUACUCAAGCCACUGUGUAAAGCAGCAUAUGAAUUAUUUAAAUAAAAAAUAUGGACAUAUGAAAUGUUUAGUAGUCAUACAAGAGCACAAAUAAUCUAAAGAUAGGCCAUGUUUUAUGAUGAAAGCUACUGCCUUUUUUUAGUGCAACAGUUACCUGUUUAGAGGGAAAUUCUGGAUGUUAUGGAGGCCAGAUGUGCUUCAUCAGAAAAGAGACCAAGCAACACGAGAGAGGAAGUUGGGAAACCCGCCUUAAAUGCCCUCUAUAACGGAGGAUUGCAUCCUGUGUUUGUACACAGUUGUGGUUGUUUUGGCACAGCUGGGCUCUUCCUAGGAAUGCUUGGCAAUAAUUUCCAGUUUCUGUUUUCUUUUCAUGUUUUUAAAAAUAUCUCAGAGAGAUUACAUAACUACUCAUUCCUCCUGCUGUUCUCUAUUUUUUAAAGAACAGAGCACAUUUACAACUCAAAUUUGUACAAUAUCAAGAAAAAGACAAUGGAGUAGCAAUGCUGCUGCUUUUAAAAUUCUCAUUGAACAGAGAACUCAGUUGUUGAUAUUGACCUUGGGUAUCUGGUGCAUGCAAUCUAGCUCUUUAGAGUAAGUGGAGGGAGUCACAGUUGAGAAAAGAAAGUAAGGAUGAGAAAGCAGUAGAUAUGGGAAAGGCCAAGUGUUAAUGGUCAUGGGCAUCACUCAGCUCUAUAGGGAGACCAAUGACUACUUAUUAUAGCUACUCAUAUGCUAACAAUUUCCAGGGAAUGAUGGCAUCUAAAUAUAACUGCUAGGGUGGCAUGUCCUCUGUGAUAGUGGUUUUGAGGUAACUUUGCAGCAACUAGCAAUUUGGCAGCUUGCAAACUAAUUGGGAAUUGCUGAUCCCCACCAUAACAUUUGCUGUCCCACUCUUGCUGUUUGGGUGGAAGCCAGUUUGGAAACUAUUGGUAAAUACUGAGGAUACAAAUGUUGGUAAGCGUAAGCAAGCUUCCUUUGAAAAACUUUCUAGUCAAAGACACUGCAUUUUCCUGUUGUACUGCUCUGUCCAUAAGCUUUAAUGAGCUUUUUUAUUACAUAAUUUUAAGAAGAAUAAAACAUGGAAGUCAUGUUAUUAAGCAAAUGGUCAGAUUCACAUGUUUGACUCAACUAUUGUUAAUUAUGUAGCCCUUGUUUCCUGUUGUUUGGUCCAGUGCAAAACAUUGCUGUUCUGCUCAUCCCUUACUGAUAUCUAUAAUAGAUUAUUUCACAAACAAGCAAACCAUACAAAUAGCCUCUAUCCCAUCAUGGUAUUUCAAUCAAAAAAGAAAGCAGCAACAACAACCUGUUCUUGGGGGAAUAUCCCAAUAUUAUAACCUUUGGCUUAGUUUUGAUGAGCAAACAACAAGAAGAUGUGUGCUUACAUGGGUGGGUGUAUGACAUAUAUAAGAAAUUGGACACAUUUAGAACAAAACACCCUACCUUUUUGCCGUCUAGACAACUGUUUCCUUGCUCACCCCCAACCAUUAAUGCAUUUUUCCCAAGAAAAAUUUAGAAAUAGUUGGAAUGUAAGCAGGGACCUCUUUACUCAGUUAAACCUGAAAACCUGGAGAUGAUGGACUAUGAAUAUCCACUUGCUCACAUAAUUUGGGCAUUUCAGAAGAAUAAAAAAACAGUUCCUUAAGAUGAGUCACUUGAUUUGAAAUCUAUACAAGUUAUCAGAGUGUAAUCCAUGAUGUGCAUAUUUGGGUGAAGUAAUAUGAAUUUCAUUUCAGUUUCAUCAAAUUUUAAACCCUUGUGAUAAUUUCCCCCAAUGUUCCUUGUCACACACGGCAGUUUCACAUAUUGUGAAGGGCAAACAAGAUUCUCCUAUUGAGUCAGCCAAUCAAGACUUCUUGAUAAGUGUAUCUAUAUGAUGCACUUGUACCUAUAUGAAUAUUUUUAACAUUCAUACUUUAAAAUGUUGCAUUUGUACUGUAUGCCUACAAACAAAAUAGGUUGGAUCCAGGUUCAGUUAACAAGUUGUUGUUGCUGCUGUUGCUGCUGCUGCUACUGUUGUUGUUGUUGUUUCUUACGCGUCUGCACCAUAAGAUCCCAAGGUGGGUUGCAGCGAUAUAGCAACCUAAGAACCUGCCUUAUGCCAUGUCAAAUCAUUAGUCCAUCUAGCUCAAUAUUGCCUAUAUUGACUGGCAGAAACUCUGCAUGUUUCUACACAAGAGUCCCUCCCAGCCCUUCCUGGGGAUUUCAGGGAUUGAAUCAGAUACUUUCUGCAUGCAAAGCAGAUAAUCUGUGGUCCCAUCCCUAAAUACAAUAUUUAAAAUUGUUUAGAACCAGUUACUAAAACAUGGCUUACUGUGACUGCAUGAAUACGUGGGCUUCUGGAGAGAGGCUUGCAAUCACUUUGCUCCUGCUUGGUCCUUUUUGCUCACACACCACGCUGAGCUAAGGCAAGGUUUAGCUUAGCAUGUUGUCUGAACUUGGAUGUAUGGUUAAGCUCUGUCCUUGCUACCUAUGACCUGUAACAAUGGUAUGAUUAGCAAAGGGAGAGGGUUUAACCACAAGUCCUGGUUUGGCUUAGCGCAGUGUAUGACGAAGGAGCAAAAAGCAACAGGGAGGAGCAAAUCAGUUGCGUGUGUGCAUUUGUGUGGCCAAGAUAAGCCAUGGUUUGGCUUACUGUGUCAUGUGAACCAGGCCACUGGGACUUAAGUCAUGACCCAUUAACUUCAAUGGAUCCUAAAUUCAAUGAAUGUUUGGAUCCAACCCAAAGUGUGAAGAGACCAACAUAUAUUCUUAUAAUGUUUUUCUGUCAUUGUCCUGCUGCUUCCGUUAAAUGAUAUUAAAAAGCAUACGAGAAACCACAGAACUACACUGCUCAUGGCUCGCAAACUAUGGUGUCCGCCAGGUUGAAUAUGUUACAUUAAAUAAACAUAACCCACUCAUUUAUUUCCCAGCUGUCCACUGCAAUAAAACCAGAACUGAUGCUAAUAAAUGAUCAAGCCAAAAUGCUUGUCUCAUUCUUUCCCUUGUUAACUUGCCCAUACCAUUUUGAACUUCCCAUCACUUGCCAAUUGUGAGAGAGUGUCUGAUAGUUGUAAAAUACCGCACUAAAUCACAAAACAAUGGGAAUAAAAAGUGAAGGUGUCUGCCACAUCUUCACCUGAAUCAGAAAGGGAUGAGAACCCAACAGUACUAGGCACUGUGAAAAAUGUGUUAUCUGUUUGUUUGAGAAGUAGGAAGCCUAAGGACUGUGUUCAAUGUUAUUCCUAUGCACAGCAGACCCCACCAAACAGGUCCAUUAAUUGAAAUGAAUCUACUCUGAGUAUAAUUUAGCUGAAAACAUCCCUAUCGUUUCUACAUUUUAACAGUUCUGCAAACCUGUACCACACUACAGUUUUUGGAGUUCCUAUCAGAAAACUGUGACAAUUUUACAGUUCAGAUGUAAUGAUAAACUAUGGUUUCUUGACCCAAAAAUGAACCAUGUGUCCAGGUACUCUUGUCUCUUUUUUUUUGUAUGCCUUGCUUUAUAUUAUGUCGUUUUAAAGGAGUUUUCCUUGAUGACUGAACCGGAACACUGUGGUCGUAACUAUGUUUGCAUGGGACGUGCAUUCUAUAUAUGCCCGGCAUCUACAUUUCCAUGUCCAGGGAACUAGCCCUUCAGGACCACAAAUAACUAAGAGUGAAUACUUUAGUGCUAGGAGAAUCUUUCCCCUGUAGGCCUGGCUGUAUUCUGACAGGCUUCUCUCAGGUCUGAUAGAGCUGAUCCAAAAACUAGCUUUAUUUCUUUUUUAUCCACAAUAUAUAGUAGCACAGUGUGUGUAAUUUUAGGGGUAUUGUUCUGGGUUUGGGUUAGAGUAUCCUCACAACUAUUAUUCCUCACAAUUAUUAUUAUUCAUUUAUUAUCACCAUUUGUGGUUCACAAGACACCUGAGAAGGCAAGGCCAGAGAUUUUUUCCAGAAAAAGGUGAAGCUAACUUACAGAAGGCUUGUCCCAGAAGUGGGGGAGUGAAAGAUUAGGCAAAAGUGAGCUGUGAGUGGCUGCAUGGUGUGGUGCUUCAGUUUAGGAAGCAGGGGGAAGAAAGGGGGAUGCUGUGGAAGCUGGGAAGCUAGAAAGAGGGGGAAAUCAAAGGAAGGGAGGCUAUAAUCAAAGGAAGGACAUAUUGCAAUAGGUUUGACUGAAAACACUUCAAAGGGAGGGUGAAUGGGGGUCCUCAACAUUGGGGUGAAGAGCAGGUGUGGCCUGGCAAGGCUUUACCAACAAGGAUUGCAGGACAAUGGAGUGAGAGAUCGGCCCCCAAAACUGGGAGUUCCAUGAAUCUGUCACACUGCAUGUGUGCCUGCAAGAGUGCUCUCUUUAAAUCAAGCUGAGUUCAGGGGGCCAAAACCAGUUAUAGCCUUAAAAAGACAGAAACUGGCAGCAGCUCAGGUGGCAACAGAAAUAAAGAUUUCCAGAUGAAAAAGGGAGGUUGAUGGCCUGUGCUUUACUGAAUAGACUCAUGCUUCAGGCUAGGUGAGUGCAUUUCAGUACUAUUUGGAAGAACUCUGGGCUGUGAAUAGUCACUUGGUAAGUGGUAAGGGGUUUUCCUGAUUGCGUUAUGAUCUGGGGAACUUUUGCCUUUUGUGCAUUCAAGAACUCCUUAGCCUAAGGCACAGAGGAACUGGAAGCUCUCUUGUUCAUGGUGACUAGUGCUGCAAACACACUUUGUCCUGGCAUGCCAGCUUUUGCCAGCUAGUUGUUAACACGCAAGAGGGGGAUUAUGAGCCAAGGUGUUCGGAUGGGGACAAAAUGGAGACAAUCUUGUGCUCUCUUGGUAACAUGCUGAUUAGCGAUCAAGAUAAGAAACCAGGAUCUGUUUUUGAACUGAGGUUGUUACAUCUUAGCCAGACCUAAAGAUAAUAUAGUUAGGAUAUAACUCUUUUCUCUCUGUGGAGCCAGUGUCUCUCACCCACCUUAUUUUCAUAGAACCAUAGAAUUGUAGAGUUGGAAGGGACCACAAGGGUCAUCUAGUCCAACCCCCUGCAAUGCAGGAAUUUUGAUACCACUUUUCCAAAUGAAUGUCAAAAGCAGCUUCUGAGACUGAGUGACAAACUAAAGAGACCUUUUAAAAAAGUAUUAGCUUACUGCCUUUGAAGAUAGUUUGGAAAUUGUAGCUAGUGCAGUAUGUGGCCACCUAAUUCAAUCAAUCUCCUUUGUUGGCAUCGUAUACAUUGAUCAGAACACAACACAGUUGACAAAACAUAGUAGGAUAUACAUUAGGAUAAAACUGUCCAGACAUCAUAAGGUAUGAAGAUGGCUCUUAUGACCUAUGGUGAUGUAAUUUCAUAGUGUCACUCAAAAAUAUUGCCACAUUCUCCACAAUGUCAUGCUUUGGUAUCCAGAGCCAUAAGCCAUAUGGUAUCCAGCCAUAUGGCACACAGUUAGGCAGCCCCAGGAUUUGGCACCGAAAUUUGGAUUGAAUGCAUUCCAACAAUUGGUUAACUGCACCAAUCCAUAAUGGAACACCGUACAGGAGUUGGGGGGCUACUUUGGCGUUAAAGACCUUUAGUGAAGCUGGGAGCUGUUAGAGAAAAGAUGGGUGAUAGACAGAGCUAGAGUAUCCUCUCUGUUAAGUGCAAGCUUACAAUGGUAUUUCCAGGAAGCAUUAUAUAGGAUGCCUAGGUAUUUAAAGUUUUCAACCUGUUCCAAUGGGUUUCCACUGAUCUCCCACCUACGAGGCUUCGAAGAUCUUGAGAAAACAAGCACUUUAGAUUUUGUGAAGUUCAGUUCUGGUCUGUUGGCUAUACAAUAUUCCUGGCUGCUGCACACCUAAUUGUUGACAGGCUCAAGAUGAGCAGAUCAUAUAACACUAAUCUUGACACAGCUGUGCAGGAUGCCUGCAAGUUUCUAGGCCCAAUUCAAAGUGCUGGCUUUAGCCUUUAAAGCCCUAUAUAGCUUAGGACCCCAAUAUCUUUUGCAGCAACUCUUGCUGUAUGAACCUAACCAAACCCUUCAGUCCUCUUCUGAAGCCUUUCUUCAGGUCCCCCGUCUGAGGUAGGUUUGGAAGAUGGUAACAAGGGAGAAGGCCUUUUUAGCUAUGGUUUCCCAGCUAUGAAACACUCUCCCCAGUGAGCUCCACCUAGCACCAUGAUGAACAUCAUUUCAGUGUCAGGUUAAAAGCUAUCUCUUCUCCAGGCAUUUGAUGGAUUAUAAUGACAAGCUGGUUGAUGGGCUAUUGAAUGAAAUGUCCUUGCUGGAGACUUCUGGGUUGGCGUCAUCGGUAAUGGCGGACUCCCUCUGAGUUUCAAAGGGACCAGCUCCGCGGGAUCGGGUCUGACCGCUGCGGCGAAGUGGGGACCCUUUAAAAAUCACAGGCGGGUGAAGCCUGUGAACGUGGGGACUCGGCGGGCACCUUUUGCGCCCCCCCAAACUGUGAAGGGACCCUUUUAAGGGCUCCGGAGCGAGACGGGGUGAGCGGCGCAGUGCUGAGAGUCGACUGCUUCUUCCGCGGAGUGAAGCCGCAUAGCCGUUAUCGGAGAGCGCUGACUUUUUCCUGAGACAAUCUGACUUUGAAAGCAACUACCCGUGAGUAGGAUUAAAUUGGAUUUAAAGGGAAAAACAAGUUAAUUCGGCACCGAAGCGGGAAGGUAUAAACAGGAAGUCUGCCUUCCUUUCUUGUAAAUAGAUCAAAGCAAAGAGACUGUAAGCGGAAACUCUGAAAGACGUUUGAAAAAAGAUUUAAAUCUCAACAUCAGGAAAGUGAUCUCCCCUCCGGAUUGCAGGAGAGGAGGGGGGAAAGGUUUGAACUGUAUUUAUCUGCAAAAAAAAGGGGGGAAAGGAGCUAAAAUCCACCGCCUAAAACCUGGGAACGGACUGCCCCGAGAUAAGAAAUGCCGCUCUGUGGAAAGCCUAUCGGUAAGCAGAGGACUUUUGACAGCUGACUCUGCAAAAGAGAUACAGUGUUUCUGAACUUCUCCUGGCUUUAAAGUAAUUGAUUAAGUGCAACUGAAACUGUUGUUUUUAUGUGAAUUGGGGGACUUAUAAGGACUAUUUUCUUUUCUUAAAGUUGCAAGCCUUGGCUGUUACUGUGUCCCCCUAGAGGAGGCUUGACAUUGCUACAAUAACUGGGCUAGAGGAAUUUUUCAUUUCAAAACAAAUUCCAGCCGUGGGAUCGACCUUGGACUCUCAUGAGAGUGUUAUGGCAGAUGGAAGAGGAAAGUUAAAGUUGACGCAGGAAAAAACUGCUAGGUCUGGCAGACCCUAUCGGACAGAUACUGCGUUGCAGCGAAGGGCUUCAACAUCUGGUCCUUCUGGACCAUCUGGAAUACCAGGGGCUGCACCUCCACAAGUUAAACCAAAAGUUAUGUCGUCCGAAGAUGUUUUGGCUCAGGCACUUGGUAAAAUUAAUGAAUCUUUGGAAAAUUUAGCUAAAUAAGUAGCUGAAACAAAUAAACAAGUAGCCGAAGCAUCAGUUAAAAUUGACCAAAAUACUACAAGCAUUAAUAAUUUGGGACAGAAGGUGAAUACCAACACAGAGUCUAUUGAAAAAUUACUACAGGAAUCUGCUUCGACCCGAAAGACAGCUGAAGAAGCAAAAGAUAUAGCAACUGCUACUCAAGAGAAGAUACCACCGAUAUAUAGGCAACUUGAGGACCACGGUUUGACGUUGUCUAUGAUUGAAUUGAAGGAGAAACAAAGAAAUUUAAGAAUCAGGGCUGUACCAGAACGUGAGAAAGAUAAUUUGGCUGAUUUUCUUACGCAGGAAUUUGCAGAUUUCUGGCAACAGGAUUUGGGGAAGGAAGAAUUUAAGAUAGUGAGUGCAUUUAGACUUGGAAGAGGAGGAAGGAAGAACAAGGUGAGAGACUGCUUGAUCACCCUUCGAACAAAAGAGGAGAGAGACAAAAUCUUGAAUCUGCAUUACCAAAAGACUCUAGAAAUUUACGACUCAAGUGUGGAGAUAUUUAAGGAUAUUCCAAAACAUCUUUUGGAUUUAAGGCUUAAUUACGGAGAUCUGGUUGCCCUGUUGAGAAGUAACAGAAUUAUCUUUAGGUGGGAAUUUCCUCAAGGCCUGUCCUUUAAAUAUAAAGGAAGAAAGAUAAAAAUAAGAUGAGUCAGUGACAAGGAUAGGUUUUGAAGGAUCACGGAGAAGAUCUACAGAAAGAAGUGGAAUCUGGAGAAGAGCCAAAAGCACUGGAAAAAGGAAUACUAGAUAUAGCAAACCUAUCUUUUGGAUUGCAUGGUCCAGAGAAAGUGACACCACUGACAGAACAAGAACAGACACUUGGCGCAGUUGGGGGUAAAGCGAAGUAACCCCAUCAUGGCUUUGCAACUGUUAAGUUGGAAUUGUAAUGGUCUAAACUCUCCUCGGAAGAGAAAAAGUGUUUUCAUUUACUAAAAAAGGAACAAUUGGACUUGAUUUGUCUACAAGAAACACAUGUAACAAGGUUACACAGGAAACUACUGAUUAACAAGAGAUUGGGACAGGAGUUUAUUUCAUCUGACAAAGUUAAAAAAAGAGGGGUUGUGAUUUAUGCAAAGGAGAGACUAUCACCGAAAUUUAUUUUUAAAGACGACUAAGGAAGAUUUCUGGCAAUUGAAAUUCAAGUUCAAGGAGAGAAAUUUUUGAUAGUAGGAAUUUACGCACCGAAUGAGGGGAAAUCUGAAUUCUUUAAAAAGUUGCAUGAGACCUUAAUGGACUAUUUGGAUUACAAUCUGAUUUUGAUGGGGGAUAUGAAUGGAGUAGUAUCUACAAACAUGGAUAAGGCACAAAGACAGGUAGUUACCAAGGAUGGUAGACUACCGAAAACAUUCUUCGAGAUGACAGAUAAUUUGGACUUAGUUGAUACUUGGAUAACAAAGAACCCCUUGGGAAGAGAGGGAACCUUCUUUUCUGAAGCCAAGAUGACAUGGACUAGAAUUGACCAAAUAUGGGUAACUAGAGGAAUGGCAUCAAAGAUAAAGAAAGUGGAAAUCUGCCCAAAAACCUGCUCCGACCAUAAUGCUGUAAGGAUGGAGUUGAAACUAAUAUCAACUGGCCCCUUCAGAUGGAGGAUGAAUGACACCUUAUUCAGAGAUGAAGAAGUGUAUAAAAAGGCCCAAAAAACCUUGAGAGACUAUUUUGAAAUAAAUAUGAAUACUAAUGUAGAAAAAAGAGUAAUCUGGGACGCAAGCAAAGCUGUCAUGAGAGGGUUUCUGAUACAACAGAAUGCAAUAAAGAAGAGAAGUCAAAAUGAGAAGAAAGAUAAAAUUUUGGGGAAAAUAAAAGAAAGUGAAAAGAAAUUGAGAGCAAAACCAAAGUCGCAGGAGAUUUUGAGAGAAAUAAAGUUAUAUCAAGUACAAUAUAUGGAAAUGAGGAACCAGGAAAUAGAAUGGAAAAUCAAACAAAUGAGACAAAAAACAUUUGAAUCUGCUAACAAAUGUGGGAAAUUGCUGGCCUGGCAAAUGAAAAAAAGACAAAAAUUAAACACUAUUACAAAUUUAGAAGUGGAAGGAAAGAAUAUACACAACCCAACUGAGAUUAGAAACUGUUUCCAGAGGUAUUUUAAACAACUAUAUACACAAGGGCCACAGAAAGAAAUGGACAUAGACCGAUUUCUGAAGACAAAUGGAUUACAAAAAUCUCCCAAGAAAGUAAACUAAUGUUGAACUAUAAAAUAUCUGAACAGGAAGUAGAAGGUGCCAUUCAAAACAUGCAAUUAGGCAAAUCUCCAGGACCAGAUGGGCUGACUUCUAGAUAUUAUAGAUCUUUGAAAGAGUGGUUAUUACAACCUUUAAAGGAAGUCUGCAAUGAAAUAUUGGAAGGGAAAAGGGCACCAGAGUCGUGGAAAGAGGCGUACAUUACACUUAUACCGAAGACAGAGACUGAAAAGACUCAGCUUAAGAACUACCGCCCCAUAUCAUUACUUAAUGUGGAUUACAAAAUUUUUGCAGACAUUUUGGCCAAGAGAUUGAAAAAAGUAUUGAUGGAAGAGAUUCAUAAAGACCAAGCAGGCUUUCUCCCGGGAAGACACUUGUCCGAUAAUUUGAGGAAUAUAAUCAAUAUUUUGGAAAAACUAGCAGUGAAUAUAAAUACUAAAGCAGUUUUGAUAUUUGUGGACGCGGAGAAAGCUUUUGAUAAUAUCUCUUGGAGUUUUAUGAAGAAGAAUCUACAGGGGAUGGGGGUAGGCCAAGGUUUUGAAAACGGUAUAAGUGCAAUUUAUUCAGAACAAAAGGCUAAACUAAUAGUAAAUAAUGUGGUGACGGAAGAAUUUAGGAUAGAAAAAGGGACAAGACAAGGUUGCCCAAUUUCCCCAUUGCUUUUUAUAUAGGUCCUGGAGGUUCUGCUGAAUAUGAUUAGAAGGGACCGGUUGGUUAAAGGUAUACAGGUCGGAGUCAAACAGUACAAAUUGAGAGCAUUUGCAGAUGACUUAGUAUUGACGUUACAGGAGCCAGAAUCUAGUACUAAAAGAGUUUUAGAACUGAUUCAAGAAUUUGGUCAAGUUGCAGGAUUUAAAUUGAAUAAGUUAAAGACCAAGGUUUUAGAGAAAAAUUUAACACCAAUGGAGAGAGAGAGGUUUCAGAAUGAGACAGGUUUAACAGUGGUUAAGAAAGUUAAAUACUUGGGGAUUAACAUGACAGCAAAAAAUGGGAAUUUAUUUAAAGACAACUAUGAAAAAUGUUGGGCUGAAGUGAAAAAAGAUUUAGAAAUUUGGUCAAAUUUGAAGCUUUCACUGCUGGGCCGUAUUGCUGCGGUGAAAAUGAAUGUAUUGCCUAGAAUGUUGUUUUUGUUUCAAACAUUGCAAAUUGUGGACAAAAUGGACUGUUUCAAGAGGUGGCAGAGAGAUAUUUCUAGAUUUGUCUGGCAGGGCAAGAAGCCUAGAAUAAAAUUUAAAAUAUUAACAGAUGCAAAGGAAAGAGGUGGAUUUGCCCUGCCAGACUUUAAACUUUACUAUGAAUCAGCAGCUUUUUGCUGGUUGAAAGAAUGGUUGCUUCUUGAAAACACUGACAUUUUGGAUCUAGAAGGUUUUAACAAUGUAUUUGGAUGGCAUGCAUAUCUGUGGUAUGAUAGGGUCAAAGCACAUAAAGCAUUUAAAAACCAUAUUGUCAGGAAAGCAUUGUUUAAUGUCUGGAUAAGAUACAAGGACUUAUUGGAAAAUAAAACCCCAAGGUGGUUGUCACCGAUGGAAGCAAAAGCUCUGAAAAAGCUCAAUAUGGAGGCCAAAUGGCCGAAAUAUUGGGAAAUUUUGGAACAAGACGGAGAUAGACUGAAAUUGCAGAGUUUUGAGAAAUUAAAAAACAAAGUGCGAGACUGGCUUCAUUAUUAUCAGAUAAUGGAGGCAUAUAAUUUGGACAAGAAAAUUGGUUUCCAGGUGGAAAAAUCAAAAUUAGAAACAGAACUGUUAGAACCCAAAACUAAGAUUUUGUCAAAGAUGUAUAACUUGUUGUUGAAAUGGAAUACUCAGGAUGAAACGGUGAAAUCUGCUAUGAUUAAAUGGGCACAAGAUGUUGGACAGAACAUAAUGAUGGCUGACUGGGAACAGUUAUGGACCACAGGUAUGAAGUUUACGGCAUGUAAUGCCUUAAGAGAGAAUAUUAUGAAAAUGAUAUACAGGUGGUACAUGACCCCAGUCAAGCUUGCAAAAAUUUAUCAUUUGCCCGAUAAUAAAUGCUGGAAAUGUAAAGAAACUGAAGGUACAUUCUUUCACCUUUGGUGGACGUGCCCAAGGAUUAAGGCUUUCUGGGAGAUGAUAUAUAAUGAAUUGAAAAAGGUAUUUAAAUAUACCUUCUUGAAGAAACCAGAGGCCUUUCUCCUAGGCAUAGUUGGCCAAUUGGUGCCAAAGAAGGACAGAACUUUUUUUAUGUAUGCCACAACAGCAGCAAGAAUACUCAUUGCAAAGUAUUGGAAGACACAAGAUCUACCCACUCUGGAAGAAUGGCAGAUGAAGCUGAUGGACUAUAUGGAACUGGCAGAAAUGACUGGCAGAAUCUGAGACCAGGGAGAAGAGUUGGUGGAAGAAGAUUGGAAGAAAUUCAAAGACUAUCUACAGAAAUAUUGUAAAAUUAAUGAAUGUUAGAAUGAUGUUGGAUAGAAAUUAAGUGGUUUCCAGCUGUAAUGCUUUAAGGGAAUAUGAAAAAUGGGUUGUUAAUACGUAAAAAUCUAACGUUACUAUUUUAAGACCAAAGAUUAGGAUAAACAAAGAGGGUAAGGAUUUGCUGAACCAACAAAUUGAACUGGAAUACAAAAAAGGGAGGUAUGAGGAGGUCCGGGAAACAAGCUAAGGAAAAAUAAGUAAUGGAAAAAUUUAGUGGUUUUUAAUCAUUUUUAUUUUGUAUUUUGUAUUUUUUCUUUUUUUUCUUUUCCCCCUUUUUCAUUUUUAUAUUGUAACAUUUGGAAAAUCUCAAUAAAUAUCUUAUAAAAAAAAAUAAUGAAAUGUCCUUGCUGCAGGAGCUUUUGUUUUUCGCUUGCUGGAUUUGUGUAUGGGUUAUUGGAAUGGUUUUAUUAAAAUGUAUUGCUUUAUAUGUUAUGCCUUUUGGCUUUUAACCUUUUUUUGUAAGUCUCUUAGGGACUUUUGUGGUAAGUGUCUUAUAAAUAAAGAGAGAGAGAGAAUUGUUGUUAUAUGGGCACUGGAGGGUCCAAGUUCAAAUGGCUGACUGGCAGGAGGGAAAGGAUUGCCAUUGGUCUGCUCAAAACUGUCCUCCCCAACCAGCUUGUCUCUCUCCCUCUUUGGUUGUGAAGAGGGAAAAUAAAGUAAUUUUGAGGGGACAAACAACGGGAAAGGAAAGGGCUGAGAAAUCCGUCUUCUUAAGCACAGAAACUGUUUUCCAGUAAAAAUAAGAACAAAUUUUCCCCGUAGACAUACUGCCUCUGCAUCUCUCAUGUAACAUUACAUCUUGUUUGGCUCUCUCACAAGACAUUUUGUAUUUUUUUAUUGCGGCUCAGUCUUUGGGUCAUUGAAUUUUGCUAUUCAAAGACUCCUGCUAUAAUAAGCACAUUUGUUAAGCUUUUGUAUCAAUUUGUGAAAGGUUUGAGAAGUAAUUACCAAGGAACUGUUCUGUUUUCUUUGCAUUUAGUUGUUGUUUAGUCUUUGUAAUGUAGACAGGAACCUGUUAUUGACCAGGCAGAAAUAUGGACAAAUCUGUCAAUUUUUGGUUGCUCUCAGUUUCUUGUUUUUCAGUUCACUUCAUCCUGUCUCCAUAUCAACUGAACAGUGGGAGGUUCAGGACAGAAAAAAGGAGGUAUUUCUUCACACAGCACGUAGUUAAAUCACAGAAUUCACUACUGCAAGCUGUAGUGAUGGUAGGGGUGUAUGAAUAAAAUUCUCUUAUGAAAAUUUGUCAGUAUCUUAGUGUGAAUUUCUCCUAUUUAAUAUGCUUCUGUGUAGUUUUGACAAAUAGUCACGUUUUUGCAAGCAAUUUCCUCUAAUGCAACACAUUUUUGUGUUACUUUAACUAAUGUUUGACUUUUGAUGCGAUGCAAACUUUCCCCUAAUGUAUGCAUUUUGUACAUGUCUUUUGACUGGAGAACUGCAUUGCAAAAUUUGGAGAAAAACAAAUUUCAAAGGGGAGCUGUGUUUCAGUUUGCAUGUUGGUUUGACAAGCACAAAUUGGGUAGUUUCUCAUUAAAAUGGCAACAGAAUUGAAUUUCUCCCCCAUCCUUGUGCGAUGGCUACCAUCUUGGAUGACUUUAAAAAGCCUUUAGACAAAUUAAUGGAGGGUAAGGCUAUCAAUGGCUACUUGCCACAAUGGCUGUGUACUACCUUCAGCAUACUGUGGGAGCACAAGCGCUUGUGCUUCCCACAGGCAUCUGGUUAAUCACCAUGACAACAGUCACUGCAAGAGCAGUGCUCUUUUUCUGUUCUGAACAAUGCAGUAAAUCUGUUGUUGCUUGUUUGUCUUGUCUGCCUUUCAACAAAAGGAAAUAUUUUCGAUUUACCUGUAUUUAGCAGAACAGAAAAAGGUGAUUAACCAGAAACCAUAAUGCUGUAUCGUGUCUGUACAAAUGUCCAACACUUUGCCUGUAAAGAUAAACUAGUGAAAACCUUGUAUUGCUGGUUUAGCAAAUAAGAAACUUCUGGCAGUUUACCUGCGUUUCUGUGUAAUUUCAUCACUGAAGCAGCUCCUUCUCCUCCCAUCCUCGGAGCUUACUGAAAUUUCAGUGGUUGUUAGAAAUUGGUAGUCUUCAGGCUAAACCGUUUUGCAAAAGAGUGGGCAUUGCCAGAAACGUAUUCAACCUGAAACUGACAGUAAGCCAACAUAAAAGUGGGGAGGGAAAUUCUGCCAGUUCACUUGGGUGGCAGAUAUUUUUUGCUCAUUUUUUGAUAGUCUGACAUUAAUAAGCCAGCAUAGUUUGUGCCCUGUAUUGGUUGCUCAUGCAUUUUUUUAAAAUUUAAAAUUUAAAAGUUCAGCCUAAGCAUUUCCUCUACUGCUAAAAAAUAUGGCCUUAGGCAAUGAAUUGUCACUAGCUAGCAGUCUGUGAGUUUAUUCAUUCAUUCAUUCAUUCAUUCAUUCCUGCCUUUCCAAACUGGUGGAUUCAAUUUCUCAGGAUUCAUUCUGACAACAGAGUUAUUUGAAGCUCAGCUAUUUUUGCAAACGGAGGCUUGUUUCUGGUGCCCCAGGAAAUAAGGCAUUGUAAUUAGAUGACUUCAAAAUGUUGCCACACUCCACAUUAGAAUUCUACUAAUGUGUGAAUGGUUCUCUAGCAGCUAUCUUGGAACUCCUAUGAAUUCUCAUACUGCAUACUUAGAAGUGAAAGUGUGAAGUGCUGGUAGUACCCACACAAGUAGUAGCAAAACAUCUCUGUAAGGAAAAGUCAAUGUACCCUCUUAGUUUUAUUGACACUGUUUUCAAAAAGAAUAAUAAGUUACAUUUAUUAUUAAUUUGCAUAGUGAGAUUGCUCAAACCCAUAGCUUGUUGGUUACGAACAUAAGAAUGCCACCUUAUACUGAAUCAGAACUUUGGUCCAUCUAGCACAGUAUUGUCUACACUGACUGACAGUUGCUCUCCAGGAUUCCAGGCAGGGGACAUUUCUACCAGGGAUUGCAUCUGAGAUUGGGUUGCCAUACAUCUGGAAUUUUCCAGACAUACCCUGAAUACUGUUGCUGGAAGAAGUGUCUGGGUGGAAAUUGGGAAAAUGUCAGGAAAAUCUGGACAUAUGGCAACCCAUGUCAGCAGUGCCAUUUGGGGUGUGAUUUUACUUUUUAAAACGCUCCAAAACAUCCCCCCUCUCUCUUUUGCUAUUUUGCCCAAAAAGCUCAACAACUUUGCCAAAAAAGCUCACUAACUUUUGUUUCACUUUUUGAAAUAUGGCGACACUAACUCGAGACCUACUUGCAAAGCAGAUGCUUCUGCUACUGAGCUAUAAUCCUUCCUUAGUUUCGCUGUGAUAGCAGACUAUGGUUUGCUCAUAACAGGAACUCAUCAAUUAAGUUCUGUGUGUGAGAGGAGUGGUGAGGAAGGGGGCGCUUUUGAGCCAGUUACUUGUUAAAAUUCAUCAAAUCUAUAAUCUGGAAGAUUGUUCGAAAACAUCCAUAGUCUUGAAUUAGUUUCUCUGGUAAGAAAUGGCUCUUGUGUUAGAAAGCAAUGGCAGAGCAGAUGUACUCAGUAACAAUAAUGACACCACUGACGAGACAAACACUUUCAUGAUGAUGCAUGGGAACACUAACUCCAAACUGCAUUGUUUAGCUAAUGCAUGCUUUCACUCCAGUAAAGUGCAGUGUCACAUAACUGAAAGUAAAUCGAAGAGAUCAUAGUUUAGAAAAUAUGACAAAGUUGAAAACUUAAAGCUGCAUUAUGCAGUAAUAUCCUUUUAGAGAUAAAUAAUUGAUCCAAAAGACUACGUCUGUGUUAUUAUAUGUUUAUUAGGUAUACUUUUUCCUCUGGUUGGCAAACGAAAUCAAAAACUUGCUAAGCCAACAUUUGCUUGGGGACACAUGUGUUUCAUCAGUGUAACCAUAUGUUUUGAGUAUGUGCUGCUUAAGAAAGAGAAUACAAUGAGAUGAUACAUUGACCUAUUUUGGCCAUUCAACAGGGAAAAUUUCAGUGGGUUUUAUCCAAUUCUUUGGAGUACAUCCAUUCAAAUCCAUGAACCUAAGCUAGUCAUGCUCAUUAACUUCAGUGGGCCUACUCUGUGUAGGACUAGCGUUGGAUACAACCCAAUGUCAUAAUUGCUUUCAAGGCCUUCCUUCACUAUAAGUGUAUUGCACAAAAAAAUGUGCAUUAGUUUCUCAUUUGUUCUAAUCAGAUUUCCUAUUCUCCCUCAGCUUCUCCACCGGACUAUUUCAGCUUCUGAGUAGCAAAAGCACAAUAUGCUCAGUUAAAACAUUAAUUGCUAUUGUCAUUUCUGUGUAUAAUUUAAUUACUUGAAUGUCACAGGCAUCUAGAAUACUUUAUAUCUAUUGUAAUACUUUGGAAAGUAUGCCGUCCCCUGCAGCACAAUUAGAGUGUAGGAGUGCUCUUUUAACUAUGUAGAUUUUUGAAGCAAAUCACAGUCAGGAUUUGCCUCCUCUGUUUCUCUGGCAUAUAGCCCAUGGUUUUGUUGAGUGCAUGUGUGUGUACACACACAUAUUUUUCAAACAUUUUUCAAACAUUUACCUUCCACUAUGCUAGAGCAUAUAUCUAUUACUGUUUUUAGAGGAGCAAGGAACACUAUUUAGUCUAUGUUUAAAAUAGAAUAAUUCUUUCUUUUCACAAGAAGGCUGUUCCUAUCCUUUACACAUACUGACAGGAUAUUAUGCUGUUCUCAAUGAAAGGGUUUAUCAUGCAAAGACUAAGGGCUUACUUUUAUUGAUCAUGUAGAAAGCCACUUAAGUGACAGGAAUGCAGAUUUACCCAAGUCAGGUGUAUAAACAAUAGUCACAGGAACAGUAUCUUCUAUAGACCAGUUGAGGGUCACUAUCCAGUUCCUCCUCCACCUUCAGAACUAAUUUUUCCCAUUCAUAUGCAAAUUUAAGUGAUUAAUGAAAACUCAUACGACUGAUCAACUAAAUAUAGUGAAAUGGCCUUAGUGCUUGUAUGCAAAAGGUUCCCUCCUGAAAAUCUGAUCAAAGUACAAAUAAAAAUAAAAAUAUUCAGAUAAAAAACAAACAAAUAGAUGAUCAUCCUGCUCAAAAGAAAAUGUCCAGUGCAGUUUUCAAAUCUUUCUUCUUUGCGGCUUUGAAAGAAAACUCUGAGAAAUAAACUUUCUAAGAGGCUACAUUUUUCCAAGAUUAGCACAAUUAAAAAGAGUCGUUCUCUAAGAAGAGUGCUUAAUACAGUAAGUGGGGUACUUUUUUAACUGAAUAUUUUGUUCCAUUUGUGAUUUAUUCGGAGCACAUUUAAGUUUAUCUUCCCAUACUUAGGUGUUUGGUGCCUGAAUAAGUGCAUGAAGUGUGUGUGUGUAGGUCAGAACAUGUAGGAUAGUACUUACCCUUGGAGGCCAUGUUCCAGCCAUGACUCGCUUCUGCUGCAUAUUUGGUAGGGAGCCAGUAUGGGUACAGAUGUAUGUAUGUAGGGCUAUUCCAUAAGGGUGGGAAUGCCGACUGUCCAGGAUUCUCAUCUCCAUAGAAUGUCACGGAACCUGCAGCAUCAGGAAUGUGGCUGGUGUGUUUGUUGGUAUACAGGGAAUGAGUCUAACUUGUGUGUUCUUGUUAGGCAUCCAUGUCUACCAGAUAUUUGAAUAGGCUUCUGUCUGUCUUUUAGACCAUGUACCUUUAGCACCAAGGACAGCACAGCAUUUUUAGCUGACUAUCAUUUUCUGCUUUGUUGUUGCUGUCGUCUGGUUGUUUCCCACCAUCUCCUAGCUUCUUCUUUGAGAAACCCAGUCCUCAGAAGUAUCACCUCUCCUGAUAUGUCUAGGAUUAAACCAAAUGAAUGAGAGCCAUGGGAUAAAUUUUGUGAGACUGGAAUAAACAACAUGAGACACUCUGUAUUUCUUAAAUAAGAACUAUGGAUUGUUACAAACUGUCCAGAAAAUGAAGGCCAAACACCUAGACUGGUGCAAUACCAAAAUGUUGAACAUUUUACCUCAGUUUGCCUUUGGAACCUUGCUCCCUCCUAAGCCUAUGAGAUGAUGAGGCAAGUACGAACUACUGCCUGAAAGCAGAGUGUAUAUAUGAUUUAUUGAGGGUGGCAUCUGAUUAUGUCAUAGUCAGAGAAGACCCAUUAAAAUAAUGACUAACUUAAACCCAUUAAUUUCAGUGGGUAUACUCUGAGUAUCACUAAGUCACAUGCUGCCCUUUAUCAUAGUGCUGUUAAAACUGCAGUAAAUAACUGAACACAGUAGCGUUGACAUUCUUCCAUAAAUCGCUGCUGCUAAAAAUGUAGUAAGGCACAAUAGGGAAUUUGAAACAGAGCAAAGGGAAUGGGAAAAUGUCUGACGUGAUACACGAUGUGUAGCUUCCAAGCCUGUAUUGUAAUCUGACCUCGCUAAACGUGAACAUAUGCAGUCUACAAAGAUGAUAAUGUUGGGAAGUUAUAAGAUUAUAAUUUAAAUAGCAGUACAGGGGUACCUCUGGUUACGUACUUAAUUCGUUCUGGAGGUCCCUUCUUAACCUGAAACUGAUCUUAACCUGAAGCACCACUUUAGCUAAUGGGGCCUCCCGCUGCUGCCGCACUGCCUAAGCACGAUUUCUGUUCUCAUCCUGAAGCAAAGUUCUUAACCCGAGGUAUUAUUUCUGGGUUAGCGGAGUCUGUAACCUGAAGCGCAUGUAACCUGAAGCAUAUGUAACCCGAGGUACCACUGUAUCUAAAUGCAAAUAAUCUCUUAGUCUAUACAUGAAUAAUUUCUAUAUAGUUAUUUUUUCUUUGUGCAGUUUUUUCUAGAUCACUCUAAGGCAGCUGUCUGGAGCAUAGUGUAAAAUGUCUGUGCCGAAGAACGCCAUCAUUUCACAUUGUUUAAAAAGUAAAGGGUUUGCUUUGUUGCACAGAUAGCUGUACAGGUGUACAAAGCUCUUUCAGAAUGAGCUGGAGUGAUGUAGUGUGUGAAUUAUAAUUCUGAAAGGCAAAUGAAAAACAUAUGUAGCCAAACUACAGCCUGUGGGUGGCUUUGAGGUAAGUAUAUGAUGUUAACAGCUAGAUUCAAAUAUGGUCAUGAUGGGAAUGUUAAUAUGUAUGGAAAGACUGAUCAUAUAUUUGUCCUAUAGUGCAAGUAUGUGAUGGAGUCAUCUGCAAUUGAAAGUUAGCUAGGUUCAUUAUAAACAUUUUUUUUUUUUUUUUACAAUACCACAUCUUGGAAAAAGAGAUGCAAGAACCUCUUCAGGGAAUUUUGUUCAGUUUCAUAACCAGGCACAGCAAUUAAAAUCCUCUUAAACAUUUCUAUUUCUGAUCACCCAGCAAGAACAAAAGUGACAUGGAAAGGUUGAAAGUGUACUUUGAAAGAGCAAAAUAAUUUGUGUAUUUGACAAAACUUACUACCUUUAUCAUCUAGCAAUUUCACUGAUAUCUCCUGGCUAGGUUUAGCUUUGGAUGUAUUUAAAUGCAUUUUUAUAUUUUAUUUCAUUUCUUCAGCUAUUGGUUCUUUGGAUUCCUUCUUCACUUGUUUUACUAUCAAUUUACACUGGCUUUGUCAGAGUGUAUGUUCUCCUUCACAUCAGUUUACACCAGUUGUUUAGUUGUAAAAAUAUUUCUUUCUGCCUUUUAUGGUUUUUGUUGGCUACCAUUUAACCACAUUGUCAUAAUCUUGGACCUGUUUGCACUCUUUCUAAUUUGUACUCCACCCAGAGGAAGGAUCAUUGUUGAUGUGUGUAAUGAGUAUGGGUUGCUCGUGCGUAAGUUGCCGCCUCUCCUGGCUUUGUUGCCUUGUUAAACCUCUCAGUCUGGACAGCCCUGCACUUUGUGACUGCCUCAGUCGCUAGCAGAAUCCGUCAGUGGGCGUUUCUUAAACCUUUUCCAACAUAAAAGUUGUUUGACACCCAGUCUCCUCCUACUCUCUCUGCGUGGAAGUCUUCUGCGCAGGGAGGGCGUGGGUAGCGGAGGACCCGUGCUCUCCCCGCUGGUGUCCGGUGAAGAGUCUGGGAGCCCUCUCGCCGAUUCCCCCAUCUGCCCCCCUUUAUUCCUGGUGUUGCGCUGAUUUGCUUCCCCAUCUGCUGAGCUGCCUCUCUCCCUGCUGGGCCCUUCUCCAGCAUCAUUUGAGAGCCUUCCCUCCGCCUCUAGCUCCGAUGUCAGUUCCCUGACAAUGUGUUUUUUUGAAAAAAUAUAAAUGAAUGCAAGAAUGCUGCAUUUUCUUUAUAACAGGGUAAUUUUGUGUUUUUGUUUUGUGCCCAAUGGAAUGAUUUAUUAUGUGACUCCACCCUGUGCUCCAAAAAGGAGGAAGGCUGGAGUAGAAUGACAUCACAUGAAUAAAAAUAAAGCUAACUUUGCUCCCCCCCCCAUAUAAUAGUUCUACAUGUUUCUAUUCUUCCUUGGGUGCAGUGCUAAAUAAUGAAGCUCCAGCAGCAGCUAUAGAGUACUGAAGAAAAGCGAGUAUCUUUGGCUGAAAAUUAUCCCCUUAUUAGAGGGUCUGGGGCCUUGAGAGUUGUGGAGGAUGAUGCUCGGGAUCAGGAAAAACUUAAUGCAGCCAUUGCAUUGUCUGAGAACUCAGUUUGAAGGCUGCUUCAUUGUCUUUCUCUACUCUGUCAUAUGUAAACCUCAUUGACCAGGCACUUCCAACAGGUAGAUCAUGAUCUACCGGUAGAUCACUGGACAUCUGUGGUAGAUCACUGGUAGAUCACUAAAAAAGGUAAAGGACCCUGACAGUUAAGUCCAGUCGCAGACGACUCUGGGGUUAUGUCGCUCAUCUCGCUUUACUGGCCGAGGAAGCCAGCGUUUAUCCCAGACAGUUUUUCCAGGUCAUGUGGCCAGCAUGACUAAGCUGCUUCUGGUGAAACCAGAGCAGCACACGGAAAUGCUGUUUACCUUCCCACCAAAGCGGUACCUAUUUAUCUACUUGCAUUUUUGGCAUGCUUUCGAACUGCUGGGUUGGUAGGAGCUGGGACAGAGCAACGGGAGCUCACCCUGUCGUGGGGAUUCGAACUGCCAGCCUUCUGAUCAGCAAGCCCAAGAAGCUCAGUGGUUCAGACCACUGCGCCACCCAAAGAAGCUCAACAUUUUUUUCCUGCACCCCCCCAAAAUGCGGCUUUCCUCCUCCCUAAAAGAAGCUCAACAACUUUGACCUGAACCCCCCAAAAGCAGGUAGAUCACUGCCAGUUUUUAACUCUGUGAGCAGAUUGCAGUCUCUUGGGAGUUGGCCACCCCUGAAUUCGACUAAUCACAUCAAUUGGCUUUGCAACAUAUUCUGGUUGAAUCAGUGGCAUAGCGUGGGUUGUCAGCACCCGGGGCAAGGCAAGUAAUUUGCGCCCCCUAACUCGUGGAUUUGCGCCCCCUAACCUGUGGAUUUGCGCCCCUAACCCUAACCCCCAGAUGUUGCGCCCGGUGCGGCUGGCCCCCCUGCACCCCCCACGCUACGCCACUGGGUUGAAUAAGUUGUAGCUGCACGGAGUCAGUUACUGUUCUUGGAAAGAUAUUUAUAAUCAAGUUAUAUAAUUUUGCCACUCACAGGAUUGUAUUCGGUGCUUUCAGUCUAUGGGUGCAAUGUCUCUUGUGCUAACAGAGGUCCAUUUAUAAAUGUUGGGCAACAGAAGAAUCCAUCACAACAGGUCGACUUGUGAAAUAAUUGUGCAACAGCCUGUAUGUACAUACAAAUAACACUUUCCUGCUUGUGGAACCUUCUGCACAAGAAGAUCUGCCUGACUCCAUUCAAUUUCGUUCUUCAUUGGAUGUACAGUGGUACCUCUGGUUGCGAACUUCUCUGGUUACGAGCUCUGCUAACCUGGAAGUAGCUGCUCCUGGUUGCAAACUUUGCCCCAGGAUGCGAACGGAAAUCACACACUGGAGGCCCCAUUAGUGAAAGCGUGCCUCAGGAUAAGAAUGCUUUCAGCUUAAGAACAGACCUCCGGAACGAAUUAAGUUCGUAACAAGAGGUACCACUGUAUACCUCAUAUUCUUAGACACAUUUCCGUAAAGUCAAAUGUAGACAAUAAAAUGCAGGAUGAAAUGUGAUGUAUGGAUUAUCUCACCCAUAAUAUAAUUGCUUGGACUUCUUCUUCUUCUUCUUCUUCUUCUUCUUCUUCUUCUUCUUCUUCUUCUUCUUCUUUUAUUAGAAUGUACCCCCACAACAAUUGCUUAAUCUACAUUGAGUGCAUUUUGUAACUAUUUUGUCAGGGAUAAUAAUAAUAAUAAUAAUAAUAAUAAUAUGUCUGCCAGUUCACUAAUGUGUAGAAUUUUCUAUAUCCACAGAGAAAGAAAUUUUUGCGCAAGGGUGGGGUACAAGACCUUUCCCAUUCUGAUAGCUUUAGCAUAGUGCUCAAGAAUGAAUAGUAUCUAAGGUGGGGCCUUUGGGUACAAAUGGGCAAUCUUAAAUGUGUAUCUUUAUGAUGCCUGUUUCAUAGCGAAUAUCAUAAAUUAAAAAUGCUCUAAGGCCUUGCCAGGCUACCUUUGAAAAGAGGUUCUUUCCUAAAGGGGUUUCUUCCUUUCUAAAUAAAUAAAGAGCAGAGUAACAAUUGCCAGUUCACCGUCUGAUCUCUAGAACUUCCUGUUAAGCCCAAAAUAUAGUGCAAGAAACAUGCUUGGGCUGCUGUUUUAGAGACUUGAUGAUGUGAUAGGAAGGAUAUGUGCAACAUCAAAGAAUGAUCUUGUUAUACUUCUGAAGCAUGACUUCUGCAAGUCCAAGUGAAAUAAUGGGUGCUCAUUUUUCUCUUGAAUGUGGCAAGUUUAAUAGCCUUGGAUUGUUUUUCAUUAGUGGUGUUCCAAAACUUUCCUUCAUCGUACUUGCGGCAUAGAUGUAUUGCGUGUCCAUGUGCCUUUUUCAUUAUCCGGAUUUUUCUUUCAUUUCUCAAAGCCUAGCUCCUAUGUGAUUCCCUGCUGGUUUAUUUCAGGCCAAAGCUGAAUAAUUUGGAAUAUGAUCAAACUUACCAGCUAGACACGGGUGGCAAACAAAUGUUCCUUUUCUUUUGUAUUGUGCUAAAUGGGACAUUUGUUUUACUCCUAAAAAACACAGCUAGUAUGGGCUUGUUUUAGGAAAAUAACAAACUCCAGGUCAGAACCAAAACAGGGUGAUUUUCAUUUUUGGCAAAACACCAUUAUUGCUGUUUUUGUUUCUUAUAGCUUUUUAUGGUGAUCAGAUAUCUAAUCUUCAAUUGCCUUUCAAUAAAGUAGGUGAAAUAAUUCUCUUUGGAGCAGCAGAUGCACAGAAAUUGGCACCAUAUGUAUCUAAUCCACCUGACAGCACAGCUUUUUAUAAGCUUCCAGCAGCCAUCCUUACUAACAUUUCAGGCAGCAAAUUCCAGAGAAGGUGUCAUUUUCUUGCACCCAGACUCCAUCUCUCUGUAUCCUGAACAAUGAGCAUUGUACAGUGGUCCAAGGGGCCCUGUUUGGAGUUUUUGCUUCAGGUGUGAAAAUGGCUUGUUACAUCACGGCUGCUGCUAUGUUCUACCUCUGCUAACAGAGGCAAUAGACCUUUGAAUACCAGUUGCUGAGAAUCAUAGGUGGGCAGUGUUGCUGUGCUCAGGUCAUGUUUGCUGUCAUCUAACAGGCAUUGGGUAGCCACCGUGAGAACAGAAGGCUGGACCAUUGGCCGGAUUCAACAAGCUGUUCUUAUGUUCUUAUGUUAUGAAGCAGAGUAUGGAGCACAAUUCAAUUCAGAGCUAUUAUUUAAGAAUACCAGAUAAAGCAUGUUCAUGCUUGGGGAAUUCCUAAACCCUUUAUUGCCUGAAGAGGAAAACAAAGUGGCAUGGAUAGUUUCCAGAAGGGUAACUGUGUGAGUCUGUGGCAGCAAAAACAAUGAAGUCUUCAUGGGAUCUUAAAGACUAACACAUUUAUUGUGGCAUAAGCUUUCCUGGAUAUGAGUCAGUGAAUUCUUAUGCCAUAAUAGAUUUGUUAGUUUGCACAGUGCCACAAAGACUUUCUGUUGGAAUUGAUAGAUAUAUUGAACACACGCCAUAUUUCUAUAAACUGCCUUUGAAACACCGUAACUCCGAAGCUUCCUUUGCAUGUAGCCUGAAUGGUGUAGCUAGUCCCUCACUGACCUCCACUUACAUGAUACCUUUUACAGUGGCUUUGAUUGCAUAGCAAGCUGUACUCUACUGGCUCUUUACAUGAACCUCAACUGGUGUAGGAACAAAGUCAAGUUAGGUAGAAGUAUUGACUUGUGUCUGGGAUAAGUCAGAGCAGUCAGCCUCAUGGGAGCCUUUUAGUGACACCUGAUCUGGGUUUAAAGACUGCUCAAAUGUGAGGGGAGCAAUCUUGUAAUAGCCAGACCCACCCACAACUGAUACACAUUUUUCUGAAUGUCAGAAGUGAGCUCAUAUAUGUGUAAGGGGGGGCGUGUAGGCUCUUUUCAGGCUCUGUUCAUGUCAAACAAAGAUGCAUAGGUCAGGGGAUGGCAAUGUAACACCCAUUCAUCCAACAUGAAUAUGUUCAUUCUACUCGGAUCUAAUGUCUGUAAAUGGCUCAUGUAUGUCAGUACUGAAAAAGUUGUCUAAUGUGUGAACAUGAAACAGCUGUCACUCUUUUCAGGCUCAUAGUUUUAAUGAAAUUUAACAGUGUCUAGAAAAAGUCAACUCAUAACAGACUUGAAUGGUAGGUAUAAAUGAGAUUUCAGAUGGCCAAAUGGGAAGAGGCCAAUGGCUAAGAUUCCAAAUGUAAAACUGGCAUUGUAAUGAGCUAUCUCAUGGGAUUUGUACGAGGAUAAAUAUCAUAACGCUCUUUGCACAUUUACAACCAGAUAAUAAUUUCGCAUUGGCUCCUGCUGUUUACAUUAACAAAACGCCUAUUACCUAUUAAACCUCCACUUGAAUGAACUAGAGAGUAACUGAAUACAACCUUGCUCAGCUUGUGUUUAGAUUGCAUGUCAAGUCUUCCGCAAGGUAUCAUUUGAUAUAUCUGUUAAACCAAUUCUGUUUCUCUGUGAGGCAAUUUCUUUCAAACAGACCCAUAAUAACAGCUAUUUGAAAAUUGAAUCAGGUUGCAGAUAUAUAUGGUUUCGAGUACAGCUGCUGUUUAAACCAUAAUAUCUUGAUUUAAUACAAAACAUGAUGCAAGAUGGAUGUAUAAUAAUUUAUAUACCAUAGAUAAAGGAAGGCUGUGUGAGAGAUGAAAAAUUCUGGAUAAAAAAAUAAUCUUGGUCUCAUAGCUAUUUUGGAGUGGUCAUUUGGUCUGCUGAUGAAUGUAUUCUUCAUGAAAUUAGGCUUGAGCUCUGUGUGCUAUUGGAAAACGAAGCCGUCUUUGAAAAGGAGACUACAGAAGACUCUGAAUCUUGUGCACCUCUUCUUUCCUAUCAAAAGGUAAUAAAUGCCCUUUUAUUUAUCUUACACACACACACACACACACACACACACACACGGAACAGGGAACACUUCUGGAUCUGAGGACCAGGGUGGGCAUUUACUGAGGCUUACCCCUUAGCAAAGGACCCACUGAUUUUCCCUGGAGCCGCCCAGAUUUUGCUGUUUCUCCUCCUCCCUAUUGCUGUCUGUUCACUUGUUCCUUUUAAGUGAGCAAAGAACAGCACUUUCCAAUCCUCAUAUCUUCUCAUGCUAAGUGGCUCUAUGAAUUAGGCCUAAUGGAAAAGGGCAGGUGAAAGGGCUGUAGAUACAGGAAUGUGAAGGACAUGGGUCCACUCAGAGAGGGACCCCACUCUGGGCAUCUUGCCCAAGGACCUGCCAAAACCUGACGCUGGCCCUCCUGGAGAUCAUAGUGCUAGUUUUGAAAGAAGUGGUUGGUAAAUACUACAUACAUGUUAUACACCCCUCUUUCCCCUGCUUCCUGAUUGUAGUAGCCUAGCUUUAUUGGUUAUUCUAUUCCCAGAGUGGAAUUUUUUGCUGCAAAAGGCUGGUAAGAAUGUGAGUGACUGUUUUUUCCUGUGUUCAGAUGUAACAAUUUCAAAGUAGUGGAACACUAUGGUAGUGCUUCAAGCAAUAUUUCUAGGAAAAUCCAGUUCUACAAGGGAGAUGAUUGCGUAGAAGUUUGUAGGGCUGAUUAUUAUUGAUUGUUGAAAUAGUUUAUUCUGUGAUUUUGAUAAUUUCUAGUUUUGUAAUAAAACUGUAAUGGAAUAUAUUGUUGUAUUUGUAUCUGUUGUGAACCCAUGCUGAGUUGGGGCAUUGCAGAAAAGUGGAAUAUAAAUCAAUCUGCCAUGAGUUGCCUCUCCCAGAUCUCAAUCUGCUGUUUUUGUUAGCAUCUGUCUGUCUCAAGAGACAGUGGAGUAUGCUUCUUUAAGUCAAACCACUGCAUUAGCAGCCCCAAAGUGACUUCCCUAGGGUGCAAGCCUGGCCAAUGUGUAUGGAGGUCCUGGGUUGCCUGUACAACAAGAUGUGGUCCAAAAGAAAGCAGAGCAAUACAGUAAGCACCAGUUUGGCUGCAGGAGUUGCUGGAAGGAGGCAUACAGGGUGCCAUCCUCCAUCUUAAGGACUCCACUCCAUAUUUGUGUAGGGUUUACUCCUUAGUCUUUUCUUCUCCCAAAGAUCCACAAGGCAGCAGAGGUUUAAGAUCAGAGUUUUCCUUCUCCCAUAUGGGCUACCCUCCCAGGGUAGGGAAGCUCUAUCUGCUCUCACCUUGCACUACAGCAUGUACUGAAACUAUCACCUUGACCUGCUGAAUUUAGAUGUCUUUUUCCCCCUCAAGGACCUUUGUCCCAUAGGGUAAAGAACUUCAGUGAAUUUUUCUGUGCUAAUAGGUUUCCUUGCUAGAAAUUGAACCUGGUUGCAUUGCACUGCACAAAAUAAUAGUGAUGCAUCUUGUCUAUUGCAGAUCAGAGUUGAAAAACUGCCUAAUCAGCAACGGAUGACCAUGUUGUUGGGUCGCUACACUACGGACCCUCAGUAUCAGCAACGCUUCAUCAAUCUGGUAAGAGCGGAGCCAGCUCUGAAAACAAACAUUUCCUCCACGAACAAUGUGUUUGUUAUAUUUUCUCUUCUGUUUAUGACGGCUCUGUCAGCUACACUGAUUUACAUAAACACUGCCAAUCCCGGGACGCUACACUCUCAACAAAAGUAGCCGAGUACAAACAGCAUUCCUGAGUUUUAAUUCAUAUUAUAUAAACAUAACAGAUGUUGAUACGAUGAGCCAACAAGAAAAUACAACAAAGGCAACCAUUUCAAGGGGGUUUGCGAUUAAAACACGUUCCAGAUUGGCGAAAAGAUCCAGUGUUAAUGGAACAAAUCAUUUAAAUGUCAGUGUUUGACUCCUAUGGAAUUGCAAAGACACAAUGUAUAGCGAAGCUCUUGAGUUUUCCCUGCUCUCAAACAGCACAAGGAAAAACUUAUUUUCCUGUCUCUGUAUUCCCAUAUAUAUUUUCAUAUUUCACUGCUGUGUUGGAAAGCUAAAGUGAGAGGCAGCUUUGUUUGGAUCUCUCAUAAAGUGACUAGAAGAAUAGCAGCAGCAGCACUGUGUUGUCUGUGAAUGACAAUAUUUUAUUUAUCAGUAGCUGGAGGACAACCUAAGGACUCCCUUAUGUCUUUCUACAAGCAUUGUCUCCUACCUAUGGCACACAUGCAGCAACCUCAUUAAGGUGAUUUUGGUUAACCUUGUGGAUGUGAUAUAAGAGAGGUGGAAGAUGUUGGAUCCAAGUGAUUGGGGGCUUUCUGGUUGAGGGCUUUCCAGUUUGUGUCGAGGACCAUCUGGAACCAAUAUGCAGAUCACACUGAGCAGUGCUGUGUACAUUUCCAGUGGAGCAAUUCAUCAGGGGCAACCAUCAACAUGAGUUGAAGCUUCUGAGCAGUUGUCAGGGAAACCCCAGCAAGAGUGUUUUGCAGCAAUCUAGCCUGGGAACUAUAAAAAUGUGAGUGAGUGUCACCAAGUGAGAAUGUUUCUUUGACUUGGGGUGUUUGUUUUUAGUUUAGGAAUUGUGUAUCUGCAUUAAACUUUCUUCUGUGACAAUUCAGCAAAUGUAGAAACAAUGGAUUUAACCUCAAGGCCACUUCAUACCUGAUGUUUCCUUGACCAUGAGAUCACCUCUCUGCACAUCAGCUUCCUGACUGGCAUGGUUGUGGCAAAAUACACUUGUGCUGUGCGUCUAGCUUUUCCUACACAGAAAUAAUCUCCGUAGCUUUUUGUGUGAAACCCUGACUCCGCUUUAUGGAACCCAUCUCCAUGUAAGAAGAACACCCUAUGUCAGCGGUUCUCAACCUGUGGGUCCCCAGAUGUUGUUGGACUACAACUCCCAUCAUCCCUGAGCUCUGGCCUUGCUAGCUAGGGGUGAUGGGAGUUAUAGUUCAACAAUAUCUGGGGACCCACAGGUUGAAGUGACCCUUUCUUUGCUUGUAGCAAAACUGGUGGCUGCAGUGGUUCUUCAGCCAAAUUACCUUGUAUUCUGAGUGCCAGAGUGGUAUUUAAAAUUGCCUUCUUAGAAAUAGAUAAAUUUUAUUUCCCCUUUUUGUUCUUUCGUUUUUUCUUUCUGCAAGCAUCUGCUGUGGAAUGCUGUAGGAUGUCAUUAAGAGCAAUGUUAUAAAACGUAUUUGGUUUAACAAACUGCCACAUGCCUAUCAAAGCCACGCAGAACUCUUGAAUGUACCACUGGAGUUUAGCUUUAACUGCCCUUCCCUGUAUGAUCUGUGUAGAUUCCUGUAUCAAUAUGAAAUUCGAGUGAAAAAUGAAACCCCCAUUAUACCAUGUUUUUUUUUAAAAGAAAUAGUUUGAAUGUACAAGUAAGAUAAAACAACAACAACUACAGCAUUGUGCUCUUCUUUCAUUUGGGAAUUAAGAUAUGAUAAGGUUACACCUGUUUUCUCUUAGUGUGUCCUUUACUUUAUCUUGCAGGAGCCCUACAUAAACAAAUCUGCAGUGUCGGUUCAAGCCCAUUUCUCACUGCAACGCACAUACAUCAUAUUUCGGUCUCUGGGCCUUCGGCACCUGACAGUUGUUGAUUUGCAGAACCAGGUUGUUGGGAUAAUCACCAGAAAAGAUCUGAUAUCUUUGCAGUUGGAAGAGAAGCUGGGACUCCAGCAGUCGUCGAAUCAGCUUCACUCUGAUGAUGAGCUUUUAGACUAG